AUGCUUUAUUUUCAGCUGGUGAUCAUGGCGGGGACGGUCAUGCUGGCAUACUACUUCGAGUACACUGACACGUUCAACGUGCACGUCCAAGGGUUCUUCUGCUAUGACAAUGUCUACGCGAAGCCGUACCUCGGACCAGAGGAGUCCAGCGCGAUCCCUCCCGCUCUACUGUAUGCGCUCGUGGCAGGGGUCCCUACACUUGUGGUGAGUUUGUCUAUAUUCACAAUUUCUAUGAUGUGGGUAUAUUUGAAUAGGAUAACAGAAGUAUGCUGUUAAGAUUUUUCAGAAAGAGGUUAACGUUCGAUAGCCUAAUUUCAGUUACAAUUGUUUAAUUUGCUUGUCGAUUGGAAAUGAACUUGCAUAAUGCAAUCGAUGAAAAUACACUGUGCUUAGAAUAUAAACACUUGCAGACAGCAAUUGAUUCCUGUCUCGAGUUGCCAUAGCAAGCAAUUACUGUAGCUUAUACAAGUUGCUUCAGACUGGCAUUUCAUGUUACUGACCCUCAAGAAACUGUACUCUGUAUCUUUAAAUCAGGACCAUUAAUUCAUAGACAAAUAAAGGCCUAGAUCAAACAUGCAAAAUAGUUAUAAAAUCAGUACAAGGCUAAAAGUCUUAUAUCAGUGGUGGCACAACACACAUGUAUAGGGGCAAUAAUACUCUUAAACAGAUUUAGGUGCCUAUAUAUGAUUAAAGUUUCGCUAGGCUCAACUAAACCACCUUGGGAGCCAUGCAGUCUUUGAUGUCAGACAGGCUUCAUUACAAUGCCCUGCUCUAUUUUCUGGUUUCAUUAAUUAGAUGAUGUCCUCAUUCCAUUCAAGCUGUCAACAUGCAGCUUCUGCACUCUCUGCAGACAGUAGUGCUGCGCCCCAAAUGUCACCCUAUUCCCUAUAUAGUACACUACUUUCGUUUUGACCAGAGGGCUCAAGUGUAAAGUAGUGCACGGGAAUAGGGUGCCAUUUCAGACCCAGCCUAGGUCUAUGGUCUAUAGAAAGGGUGUUCUAGUCCAGGGGUAUUCAACUCUUGCAAGGGCCAGAGCCUGCUGGUUUUCUGUUCUACCUGAUAAUUAAUUGCCCCCACCUGGUAUCCCAGGUCUAAAUCAGUCACUGAUUAGAGGGGAACAAUGAACAAACACAGUGGAACCGGCUUCUAGGUCUAGAGUUGAGUUUGAGGGUUCUAGUCAAUGGGUGAUGUAGUUCUAGUGAUACAUUCUUCUUUAAAAAAUGCCACUGACUGUAUAUUUUCCAUUCAUAGGUCAGGUUAUGGCUAUAGUCCAGUUAUUUUUAUACAGUAUAUGCAUGCAUGGAACUGACUGUACACAGAGUUCUUCCUCUUUUGACACCUGUACCUGACUUUUCUUGUAUAGACAAAUCACAACACCCACAUACUGCAUCCCACACACUUCCAGAACAGUCAGGAACCUAAUAUAGAAACCAUAGAUAAUAUAGCAGGCUCUAUGACAGAAACCCUCUCCUUCAAAACACUGUAGAAUGCAGGCUAAUACAUCAGGCGUAACAAUGAUAAUUCUGUAGGCUAUACUUGACUCUUACCACCCCAGAUACUGAGUGAAGGAUUAUGUCUCAGGUUAAUGAUCACAAUUUGUAAUAUAUUUAAUAACAAGGUUGAAUAAUGCUUUAGAACAUCAACUAAAGUUUCUGUAUUUGAAAAGUGUUAAAUGAAGAUUGAUGGUUCUUUCUGCAAGCCAAACCCAAUAUGGUUUCUGGCCACUGUUCUCCAUGCAGGAUGACAUUCAUGCCUCUGCAGAUGACAAGCAUUUGAUGGACAGGAUGCCCAUAGGGGUCAUUCCCUCUAGCCUACAAUGCAGCGUUUGUUCCCUAUUCCUGAAAGAGGUUAUCACUGGCAUAUUUUAGAGGUUGCUGCUUGUCAGGAUUCCCUGUUGGACUGAGUGUAGAGGAUCAUAUGGUUGUAAGUCCUAUCUGACUGGCAUCUCCAGUCUCCAAUGCAUUCAGAUGCAUUGUGCGUUCAUUUAAAUAUUUCAGAUCCCAUCCACCAUUUUUCGAUUUGUCUGACAUUAUUUUUUACACUUUGUUAAGUCGAGGAUGGUGUUGAGACAUAUGAUUAUUUCAAUGUUGUAGUGUAAGUGUGAUGCUCAUAAACAACAUUAAGUUCUUACAGUUCACUAACGUUGAGGUUAUCUAAAAUAUACAAUUGUAUUAUCCCAAAAACUUUUGUUGAUAUAUUCUAUGUUGAAUAUCUAGUCGUUAUACGAGAGAGCACUGACCGAAUAUCGGGUUUUGUGGUAACAGGUACACACACGCGCACUAAACCAACUGAGUGAAAGUGUCUGUAAGAUGGAUGAUGACCUAAACAGAAUCACACAUUCAGUUCCAUCCCAGGCUGGAUGAAAACCUCUUUUGGUGCCACGUAGUGUGUGUGUGUGUGUGUGUGUGUGUGUGUGUGUGUGUGUGUGGUGAUCUAUUACAAAGCAGUGUUGGCAGAGAAGAUACUGCCUCCUUAAAAUGUGCUGCUCAGAAAUGUCUUAUUGGAUUUACAGUGGAAGUAAAAGCAGAGCAUUCUGAUUGGUCGGCAGAAGGUGUACUGAAGUUUAAUAGACAUGGGGUUGCCUAUAUAUUGUAAUUGGUAUGUACAGCAGGUAGACACUAAAACUGUAAGUGCUGCAGACUUUCUUGGCACCCUAUUCCCUAUGCAGUGCACUAGUUUUGACCAGGGACCAUUUGGAACAUGGACCCUGGUCAAAAACAGUGCACUACAAAGGGAUUAGGUUGCCUUUUGGGACUCAGCAUAGAUUGAGCAGGCCAGUUGCAGUGCGCUGUAGUUGUCAUGUCUACCAUGCACAAUCCUACAUACAAUUUCCCUUUACAUUGAUCUUUUGAAUUAAGAAAUUGGUUGACUGCCAUUUGGCAUAAUCAAAACAUCCCAGAAAUAUUAAUGUAUUUAAAAUGAUCAAUUUGUUUGAUAAUCGCCAGACAUGUAAACCACAUUAAGAUGUAAAUACUCCUAUCGUUUAGAUUAGAAGUAUCAGGUUAUAAGUAUUUAUAAGUAUGGUGUGUGUGUGGAUCAUAUAUUGGAAUGUAACUGUUAAGAGUUAAAAUCAAUGUUUGAUGAAUGUCUUUACAUGGGAUUAGAGAAUGUGUGCGUGUUUGGAUUAGACAAAAAAAGCAUGACAACGAACAUAGUGGUUGAUUCUAAACAAAAGAAAACAACACAUGUAUGCGCACACAAACACACACACACACAAACACACUGCCAUUGUUAGUGCCUAAUUUAAUGACAGUCAGCGGAUAAACUCAGACUCUUUGGUGAAUCAAAUUAGAUUGAUUGCAGUUUAGCCAACACUGCAUAUUGGCGGUUGAAGUCUGGGGUAAGUAAGAAAGUUUCAAUCCAAUCAUGCAUUAGCCUGGAACACUACAUUGUGGUACAUACUGUAGUACCCAUGGUAUUAAACAAAUGUCUGCAACACUAGACCUGUUGCAGUUCAGUUUUAAUUAAAGUUGUACUUGUUCUUCUACUUACUUAUCCAGAGGUGUAACACAGUGUAAGAGACUGUAUUUCUACAGACACUAAUAAAUACUGCAUUCUCCCUACACUGCAACAGUUUGAUCUCAGACGCAGUUUACUCAGAACUUCUCACCACUUGCAUGGAAGUAGUGAAAAUUGUAGUUAGGCGUUUUAGCAGAGCAUAGCUGAGUUGUGGUGAAUGUCUUUAAAACAGCGCUCGCUUCUUGACACACCACUUAAAGAGACAGCAUGAAUAAUGCAAGGUAGAGAUACAGUCGGCCUUAUGCUUAUUCCUACCGUCUGAUUGCAACAUUUAGCAAUUUCUGCAUAAUGGGUUUGAACUUUUUGGGUGGAAAAAUGUUUUCUCAAACUCUCAAGGAAAGAUUAUAUGAUGUCAUUUAUUCAAAGAGAGUACUACUGUUCUAGUUGUUGAUUUAGCCCACAUUGAAUGCUUUGAAUUCAGCGUAUUGGGUAUGUAGGGCAAUGGUAUCUUUUCCUUCCUUCAUAGCUCCUAAUUUCAGUUUGAUGGUGGGUUGAUGAGUAUCAUGGUAUGUAGGUUGGCUGUUGGCUACUGAAAAUAAAUAAAUAAUUGAUCAUAAUAAAUAAAUAAUUCUCAUUUUUCUUCCAAGCCAAUCAGUGAUUCUGUUCUGCUGCAAGUCCUAUUAACCCCUGGGGUUUGGUUGUGGUUAAAAAACCCUUACCGCUCAAUCUCAACCGCCAUCUUUUAUUUAUGACCAAUAUGCAAAUCUCCAUCUUCAUUUAAGAACAAGUGAUUAGCAUUUCAGGGCACACAAUGGUUUAGCUUAGGGUUAUGAAAUAUCAUUGUGUGGUGGUGAUGUGCUUAAAAAGUCAUGAGAGAGAGCGAGAGAGAGAUGGGGGGGGCUUAGCCCAAGAGCAAGGAGCAACAACCCCACAGCUAGCUAGCUAACUUUCAAAGGAUUAAUAUUCAGAGUAUAUAUCUUUCCUCAUAUGAAACACUUCAAUAACCCUCACUAAUAACCUCCAAUGUGAUGGGUCUAGCUCAUCAAAAUCGAAUACAGUUGGACUGAUGGCUGCCUUGAAGCCUGCCUGCCUGACUGUCUGACUGCCUGACUAACUGACUGCCUGACUGACUGCAUGGACAACUUCAAAUAUCCUUCGUCCAGCCAGUGACGUAGCCUCUCAGUGCCAAACAUAUUAGGAUACAAUGGACAAACAUAUCACACCAGGUUUACUACUUCAGGUCUAGAUGAAGACAUAUUGAGUCAUACUGUCCUCUUAGGCCACCAGAGAGAGGGCUAGUUAAACAAACACCAUUUUGCUCUCCUCUCACCCUGGACCUGACAGGCUUUAGAAGUCACAGGGAAACUGGGACAAAUGGCCUCAGUCGCUAAGGGAACAGUAGUUGGCAUUUAGCGGCUCCUCUCUGUGUGUGUGUGUUAGCGCUGAGAAGGACGUCUGGAUGGAGACAUGGUUGGCCUGUUAGGCCGUGGCGGUCGCGCUCCCACGUCAUGGUGAUGCGAUGCUAAGUGAUGUUACUGGGCCAGGGUAGCAGAGUGACCGUUACCCAUCUGCAUCUCAGUUCACAGCUGUGUGUGUGUGUGUGUGUGUGUGUAUAUGUGUGUAUAUGUGUGUGUGUGUAUAUGUGUGUAUGUGUGUGUGUGUGUGUGUGUGUUAAACGACAUACACCUCUGCAUCAGCAUGGGGCAAUGGUAGUAUUGGAUUCCACAUCACUGUUGGCACGCACACACACACACAGCACAAGGGUCAGUUUGAUGGUGUUAAAGACAGUAUCGAUCAAGGGCCAGGCCUAACACCAACCAGGAAAUAAAUGCAUUCACAUCACAUCAGCAAAACCUAGAACGCCAGCUGAGCAAAACACCAUAAAACAGCAUAGUAAUGUCAGUGUAAGCAGACACAGACAGCCACACUAACUAGUUAAACUGCUGUCUUCAUACUACUUAGAUACUGUAACAUACUGUAAUUGCUCUUGACUGUAAUUUAGGCUAUAGGCACUGUGGUUAUGGAAUAAGAAGUGGUAUUGUGAUUGUGACAGGGUGAGCAAUGCAGUUUGUGUCAUAUCUUAGCAUGGAGCCUAUUUAACUCAGAGUAUUAUCAGUAAUUGGAGAUGAGCUGCUCUCCAACAUAAUGUCUGGUUUCAGUUCUAUCAGCAAGAUCAAAUGCUAUUAACCUGCCUUUUAUAUGUACUACAUACUAAGUUCCCUAUAUGAAUUAAAUUGAAUGCUUAUUUACAAGCCCUUUCCCAACAAUGCAGAGUUAAAGAGUAAGAAAAAUUAGCAAAAAAUUAAAAAGGAAAUAGUAACACAGUAAAAUAACAAUAACGAGACUAUACAGUGCCUUCGGAAAGUAUUCAGACCCCUUGACUUUUUCCACAUUUUGUUACGUUACAGCCUUAUUCUGAAAUGGAUUAAAUAAAUAAAAAUCCUCAGCAAUCUACACACAAUACCCCAUAAUGACAAAGCGAAAAUUCAACAGAAAUUCAGACCCUUUGCUAUGAGACUCGAAAUUGAGCUCAGGUGCAUCCUAUUUCCAUUGAUCAUCCUUGAGAUGUUUCUACAACUUGAUUGGAGUCCACCUGUGGUAAAUUCAAUUGAUUGGACAUAAUUUGGAAAGGCACACACCUGUAUAUAUAAGGUCCAACAGUUGACAGUGCAUGUCAGAGCAAAAACCAAGCCAUGAGGUUGAAGGAAUUGUCCGUAGAGCUCAGAGACAGGAUUGUUUCGAGGCACAGAUCUGGGGAAGGGUACCAGAAAAUGUCUGCAGCAUUGAAGGUCCCCAAGAACACAGUGGCCUCCAUCAUUCUUAAAUGGAAGAAUCUUCCUAGAGCUGGCCGCCCAGCCAAAUUGGGCAAUCGGUUGAGAAGGCCCUUGGUCAGGGAGGUAAUCAACAACCCGAUGGUCACUCUGACAGAGCUCUAGAGUUCCUCUGUGGAGAUGGGAGAAACUUCCAGAAGGACAACCAUCUCUGCAGCACUCUACCAAUCAGGCCUUUGUGGUAGAGUGGCCAGACAGAAGCCACUCUUCAGUAAAAGGCACAUGACAGCCCACUUGGAGUUUGCCAAAAGGCACCUAAAGACUCUCAGACCAUGAGAAACAAGAUUCUCUGGUCUGAUGAAACCAAGAUUGAACUAUUAUGCCUGAAUGCCAAGCAUCACGUCUGGAGGAAACCUGGCACCAUCCCUAAGUUGAAGCAUGGUGGUGGCAGCGUCAUGCUGUGGGGAGGUUUUUCAGCAGCAGGGACUGGGAGACUAGUCAGGAUCGAGGCAAUGAUGAAUGGAGCAAAGUACAGAGAUGAAAACCUGCUCCAGAGCGCUCAGGACCUCAGGCUGGGACAAAGGUUUACCUUCCAACAGGACAAUGACCCUAAGCACACAGCCAAGACAACGCAGGAGUGGCUUCGGGACUAGUCUCUGAAUGUCCUUGAGUGGCCCAGCCAGAGCCCGGACUUAAACCCAAUCUAACAUCUCUGGAGAGACCUGUAAAUAGCUGUGCAGCAAUGCUCCCCAUCCAACCUGACAGAGCUUGAGAGGAUCUGCAGAGAAGAAUGGGAGAAACUCCCAUUGUAGCGUCAUACCCAAGAAGACUUGAUGCUGUAAUUGCUGCCAAAGGCACUUCAACAUAGUACUGAGUAAAGGGUCUGAUUACUUAUGUAAAUGUGAUGUUUCAGUUUUGUAUUUUUAAUAAAUUUGCAAAAAUUCUGAAACACUAUUUUUGCUUUGUCAUUAUGGGGUAUUGUGUGUAGAUUGAUGUGGAAAAUAAACAAUAUAAUCAAUUUUAGAAUAAGUAAUGUAACAAAAUGUUGAAAAAGUCAAGGGGUCUGAAUUCUUUCUGAAGGCACUGUAUACAAGGAGUACCGGUACAGAGUAAUGUGCAGGGGUACAAGGUAGUUGAGGUAAUUGAGGUAAUAUGUACAUGUAGGUAGGGGUAAAAGUGACCAGGCAAUCAGGAUAGAUAAUAGCAGUAGCAGCAGCAUAUUUGAAGAGUGUGAAAGAGUGUCUAUGUGUGAGUGUGUGUGUGGCGUCAAUAUGCAUGUGUGUUUUGUGUGUGUUAGCGCAUGAAUUGUGUGUGUAUGUGUGUGUGUUGGAGUGUCAGUGUAGUAGGUGUUAUGGUGUGGGUAGAGUCCAGUGAGUGUGCAUAGAGACGGUGCAAGAGAGCAAAUAAAAAGGGGGUCAAUGCAAAUAGUCAGGGUAGCCCUCUGUAGUGCCUUACGGUCGAGUGCCAAGCAGUUGCCAUACCAAGCGGUGAUGCAGCCAGUCAAGAUGCUCUCAAUGGUGCAGCUGUAGAACUUUUUAAGGAUCUGAGGGCCCAUGCCAAAUCUUUUCAGCCUCCUGAACCAUGAUAGGUUCUUAGUGAUUUGGACACCGGGGAACUUUCAGCUCUCGACCCGCUCCACUACAGCCCUGUCGAUGUGAAUGGGGGCGUGCUCGGCCCUCCGUUUCCUGAAGUCCACGAUCAGCUCCUUUGUCUUGCUGACACUGAGGGAGACAUUGUUGUCCUUGCACCACACUGCCAGGUCUCUGACCUCCUCCCUAUAGGCUGUCUCAUCGCCGUCGGUGAUCAGGCCUACCACUGUCGUGUCAUCAGAAAACGUAAUGAUGGUGUUGGAGUCGUGCGCAUCAAUGCAGUCGUGGGUGAACAGGGAGUACAGGAGCGGACUGAGCACGCACCCCUGAGGGGCCCCCGUGUUGAGGGUCAGCAGGGCGGAUGUGUUGUUGCCUACCCUCACCACCUGGGGUGUCCCGUCAGGAAGUCCAGGAUCCAGUUGCAAAGGUAGGUGUUCAGUCCCAGGGUCCUUAGCUUAGUGAUGAGCUUGGAGGGAACUAUAGUGUUGAACGCUGAGCUGUAGUCAAUGAACAGCAUUCUUACUUAGGUGUUCCUUUUGUCCAGGUGGGAAAGGGCAGUGUGGAGUGCAAUAGAGAUUGCGUCAUCUGUAGAUCAGUUGGGGCGGUAUGCGAAUUGGAGUGGAUCCAGGGUGUCUGUGAUGAUGGUGUUGAUGUGAGCCAUGACCAGCCUUUCAAAUAAUUUCAUGGCUACAGAUGUGAGUGCUACGGACGAUAGUUAUGUAGACAAGUUACCUUGGCGUUCUUGGGUACAGGGACUAUGGUGAUCUGCUUGAAACAUGUAAGUAUUAGAGAGAGAGUCAGAGAGAGGUUGAAAAUAUCAGUGAAGACACUUGUCAGCUGGUCAGCUCAUGCUCUGAGUACGUGUCCUGGUAAUCUGUUUGGCCCUGUGGCCUUGUGAAUGUUAACCUGUUUAAAGGUCUUACUCACAUCAGCUACGGAGAGCGUGAUCACACAGCUGGUGCUCUCAUGCAUGGUUCAGUGUUGCUAGCCUUGAAGCGUGCAUAGAAGGCAUUUAGCUUGACUGGUAGGAUCGACUGGGCUCGUGCCUGGGUUUUCCUUUGUAAUCCAUGAUAGUUUGCAAGCCCUGCCACAUCCGAUGAGCGUCAGAGCCGGUGUAGUAGGAUUCGAUCUUAGUCCUGUAUUGACGCUUUGCCUGUUUGAUGUUCUGUCUGAGGGCAUAGUAGGAUUUCUUACAAGCGUCAGGAUUAGUGUCCCGCUCCUUGAAAGCGGCAAAUCUUGCCUUUAACUCAGUAUGGAUGUUACUUGUAAUCCAUGGCUUCUGGUCGGGAUAUGUACAUACGGUCGUCGUCAAUGCCCUUAUUAAUGAAGCCGGUGACUGAUGUGGUAAACUCCUCAACGCCAUCGGAUGAAUCCUCAAACAUAUUCCAGUGCAAAACAGUCCUGUAGCUUAGCAUCUGCUUCAUCGAACCACUUCUGGUACUGGUACUUCCUGUUUGAGUUUUUUCUUGUAAGCAGGAAUCAGGAGGAUAGAGUUAUGGUCAGAUUUUCCAAAUGGAGGGCGAGGGAGAGCUUUGUAUGCAUCUCUGUGUGUGGAGUAAAGGUGAUCUAGAGUUUUUUCGCCUCUAGUUGCACAGGUGACAUGCUGGUAGAAAUGAGUUAAGACAGAUUUCAGUUUUCCUGCAUUAAAAUCCCUGCCCACUAGGAGCGCUGCCUCUGGGUGAGCAUUUUCUUAUUUGCUUAUGGCCCUAUACAGCUGGUUGAGUGCGGUCUUAGUGCCAGCAUCGGUUUGUGGUGGUAAGUAGACAGCUACGAAAAAUAUAGAUGAAAACUCUCUCUGUAAAUAGUGUGGUCUACAGCAGUGGUCAUCAACCUUUUCUGAGUCAAGAUCACUUUCACAGUCAUAAUCAAGCCGAGAUCUACCGCUCAGAUUUGUUUUAAACAUUACUUAAAAAAUUUAACAUUAACCUAAUAAAAACAGUUCUGUAGGAAAGAGGUUUGUGCAGUAGGCCUAAUGCAUUAUCACAGCAUAUUGUCUAAAUGCCUGGCUUGACAAUAUUGUUCUUCACAGGCCAUAUUAUGUUUCAAAACUCAAGCUUUGGUAACAAAAUAGAUCAGUUGGUGUAGCACUUCCGAGACACAGCUGAGCAUAAAUUGAAAUAAUUAGCAAAUCAUUUGCUUUUUAUUUUACUGGACUGAUGGUACCUGCAUCUGAUGGUCACAGUGCUUUCUAGACAACUAGCAACUCCAUUUUAAGCCCACUUUGAAAAAGUCAAGGGACGUGAAUACUUUCUGAAGUGACUGUAUAUCCUAUAUACAUAUUGUAUGGAUGGUAAUUACGUCCUUUGCAUUGACGUUGUGGUAGUUAUAAUGCAGCUUUACAUGUCCAUCUAAUCUUGUUAUGUUAUUCCUCUGUUGGUAUGGAAUAAAGACUCUUGAACAGGACAAUAAGUACAGUCAUGGCCAAACAUAUUGGCACCCUUGCACUUUUUUCAAGUAACUCACAAUUUUCCCUAAAAAUAAGUUGAAAUUGACCAAAGUAUUUAAUAUUAAUAAUAUUACAGAACCUUUGUUUUGAUUCAAAAGUUAAUAUAUCAAUUUAAAUCAGAAAACAAACAGAAAUGGCAUUAACAAAAUUGUUAACACCCUAGAAUUAAUAUUUGGUAGCCCAGCCUUUGGUCAAAAUAAUUGCAAUCAAGCGCUUCCUAUAGCCAUCGAUGAGCUUCCUGCACCUCUGUACUGGCAGUUUAGCCCACUCUUCUUGUGCAAACUGCUCCAGUUCUCACAUAUUUGGAGGGUGCCUUCUCCCAACUGCUUUUUUCAGAUCUCUCCACAAGUUUUCAAUGGGAUUUAGAUAUAGACUCAUUGCUGGCCACUAAUUUGGUCACAUCUGUCCACAGGACAUUCUCCCAGAAGGAUUUUGGCAUAUUCAGGUGUGUUUUGCCAAAUUGCAGUAGGGCUUUAUUAUGUCUCUCUCUCAGCAGUGGGGUCCUCCUGGGUCUCCUACAAUAUAACCCUCUUUUAUUGAGUAGGCGAAGGAUGGUGCGAGUUGAAACUGUCAUACCUUGUGUCUGAAGGUCAGCUUGAAUCUGUUUGGCAGUUGAUUUGGGUGCUUUCUCCACCAUUCGAACCAUCCUUCACUGCAAUCUUCCGUUAAGUUUUCUCUUACGGCCACGUCCAGGGUGGUUGGCGACAGUGGCAUGGUGCUUACAUUUCCUGAUAACAUUACGUAUGGUGGAAACAGGAACAUCAAGGUCUCUGGAAAUUGACUUGUAGCAUUGAGAUUGUCCAUGCUUGGCUACAAUCUUGUGUCUGACCUCCUCAGAUAAUUCUCUGUUUUACUUUAUUUUCUCCAUGCUCAUUGUGGCACACACAGUGACACAAAACAGGAGAAUUAGUCCUUUUCUCUAGUCAAACUGGUUGAAUGAGUGAUUUUUAUAUUGCAGCCACCUGCAACUCACCACAGGUGAGUUCAAUUCCAAAGUAAAGGAGAAUCACCUGCUUGAAAUCAAAUAAUUUUUAACUACUUCUAGAAGGUGCCAAUAAUAUUAUCCGGGCCAUUUUAGGAUUUCUUUGCGGAAUAAGCUAACAUUUAGUAAAUUAUUCCGAUUUUUUUGUUUUGUUCAACUGCAAACCAAAGACAUACAGUGGGGAAAAAAGUAUUUAGUCAGCCACCAAUUGUGCAAGUUCUCCCACUUAAAAAGAUGAGAGAGGCCUGUAAUUUUCAUCAUAGGUACAUGUCAACUAUGACAGACAAAUUGAGAAAAAAAAUCCAGAAAAUCACAUUGUAGGAUUUUUAAUGAAUUUAUUUGCAAAUUAUGGUGGCAAAUAAGUAUUUGGUCACCUACAAACAAGCAAGAUUUCUGGCUCUCACAGACCUGUAACUUAUUUUUUAAGAGGCUCCUCUGUCCUCCACUCGUUACCUGUAUUAAUGGCACCUGUUUGAACUUGUUAUCAGUAUAAAAGACACCUGUCCACAACCUCAAACAGUCACACUCCAAACUCCACUAUGGCCAAGACCAAAGAGCUGUCAAAGGACACCAGAAACAAAAUUGUAGACCUGCACCAGGCUGGGAAGACUGAAUCUGCAAUAGGUAAGCAGCUUGGUUUGAAGAAAUCAACUGUGGGAGCAAUUAUUAGGAAAUGGAAGACAUACAAGACCACUGAUAAUCUCCCUCGAUCUGGGGCUCCACGCAAGAUCUCACCCUGUGGGGUCAAAAUGAUCACAAGAACGGUGAGCAAAAAUCCCAGAACCACACGGGGGGACCUAGUGAAUGACCUGCAGAGAGCUGGGACCAAAGUAACAAAGCCUACCAUCAGUAACACACUACGCCGCCAGGGACUCAAAUCCUGCAGUGCGAGACGUGUCCCCCUGCUUAAGCCAGUACAUGUCCAGGCCCGUCUGAAGUUUGCUAGAGUGCAUUUGGAUGAUCCAGAAGAGGAUUGGGAGAAUGUCAUAUGGUCAGAUGAAACCAAAAUAGAACUUUUUGGUAAAAACUCAACUUGUCGUGUUUGGAGGACAAAGAAUGCUGAGUUGCAUCCAAAGAACACCAUACCUACUGUGAAGCAUGGGGGUGGAAAUAUCAUGCUUUGGGGCUGUUUUUCUGCAAAGGGACCAGGACGACUGAUCCGUGUAAAGGAAAGAAUGAAUGGGGCCAUGUAUCGUGAGAUUUUGAGUGAAAACCUCCUUCCAUCAGCAAGGGCAUUGAAGAUGAAACGUGGCUGGGUCUUUCAGCAUGACAAUGAUCCCAAACACACCGCCUGGGCAACGAAGGAGUGUGUCACGCCCUGGCUCUGGGGACACUGUUAUGUUGAGCCAGGGUGUGUAGUUCUAUGUUUGUAUUUUCUAUGUUGGCCUGAGUGACUCCCAAUCAGUGUCAGCUGGGGCUGGUUGUCUCUGAUUGGGAGCCAUAUUUAAACUGUGUCUUUCCCUUUGUGGUUGUGGGUUUUGUUCGUAUUUGGUUGUGUAAACCGUAGACAUCACGUUUUUCGUCUGUUGUUUUGAUCGUGUGAUCAUUCAUUAAAUAAAUAUGUUCACCCUCAACGCUGCGCCUUGGUCCUCCUUAGACGACCGUGACAGAGUGGCUUCAUAAGAAGCAUUUCAAGGUCCUGGAGUGGCCUAGCCAGUCUCCAGAUCUCAACCCCAUAGAAAAUCUUUGGAGGGAGUUGAAAGUCUGUGUUGCCCAGCGACAGCCCCAAAACAUCACUGCUCUAGAGGAGAUCUGCAUGGAGGAAUGGGCCAAAAUACCAGCAACAGUGUGUGAAAACCUUGUGAAGACUUACAGAAAACGUUUGACCUGUGUCAUUGCCAACAAAGGCUAUAUAACAAAGUAUUGAGAAACUUUUGUUAUUGACCAAAUACUUAUUUUCCAUCAUCAUUUGCAAAUAAAUUCAUUAAAAAUCCUACAAUGUGAUUUUCUGGAGAAAAAAAAUCUCAUUUUGUCUGUCAUAGUUGACCUGUACCUAUGAUGAAAAUUACAGGCCUCUCUCAUCUUUCUAAGUGGGAGAACUUGCACAAUUGGUGGCUGACUAAAUACUUUUUUUCCCCACUGUACAUAUGUGGAUACCGAAAUAUAUUGUAAUUUCCACAGAAAUUGUGCAAUAUUCGAAAAAAGUGCAAUGGUGCCUAUGAAGUAGCUAUGCUGCUGUAGUAUAGUAUUUAAUAUCCUCAUUAAUCAGAUUCUUUACUAUACACCCUUACAAAUAUAUUUCGAAGCCAACAAAAUAAACAUGAGACCGUGAAGCACAUAGAGAAUGUUGAUGAAGUGGCAUAGUUUGCCUGGAGAGCAGCACAAUGUGUGUAACCUAGAUGUAACCGAUUCUUGUAGUGUUGGGCCUCAGCAAGGCCCUGGGCUGUUCUGUUCCACUGAGAGGAGGAGCAGGAGGAGAUGGAAGGCUCUUUAUCACUGUAUCUCUCACUUAGGAUCGUACAGCAGACCUUAGUGAGUCCAUCCAUACCUCUCUAGACUUCUCGAUCUCCCCCACCCCCCUCCUCCACACUCGCCCUCUACCAAUCUCUUAGCCAUCUCCCAAUCUCCCUCGCCUCAUCACACUCUCUCCUCAUUUCUCUCUCUCGUCUCAGGCCUCUCCCUCUCUCUCUCUCUCUUCUCUCGUCUCUAUCUCUCUCUACUCUCUGCUCUCUCUCUCUCUCUCUCUCUCUGCUCUCUCCUCCUCUCUCUUCUCUCUCUCUCCUCCUCUCUCUCUCUCUCUCUCAAUUCAAUUUCAAUUCAAUUUAAGUGCCUUUAUUGGCAUGGAAAACAUAUGUUUACAUUGCCAAAGCAAGUGAUAUAAAUAAUAAACAAAAGUUAAAUAAUCAAUAAAAAAUUAACUGUACAUUACACUCACAAAGUUCCAAAAGAAUGAAUACAUUUCAAAUGUCAUAUUGUGGCUAUAUACAGUGUUGUAAUGAUGUGCAAAUAGUUAAAGUACAAAAGGGAAAAUAAUUCAACAUUAAAUAUAGGUUCUUUUUACAAUGGUGUUUGUUCUUCACUGGUUGCCCUUUUCUUGUGGCAACAGGUCACAAAUAUUGCUGCUGUGAUUGCACACUGUGGUAUUUCACCCAAUAGAUAUGGGAGUUUAUCAAAAUUGGAUUUGCUUUUGAAUUCUUUGUGGGUCUGUGUAAUCUGAGGGAAAUAUGUGUCUCCAAUAUGGUCAUACAUUUGGCAGGAAGUUAGGAAGUGCAGCUCAGUUUCCACCUCAUUUUGUGGGCAGUGUGCACAUAGCCUGUCUUCUCUUGAGAGCCAGGUCUGCCUUCGGCUGCCUUUCUCAAUAGCAAGGCUAUGCUCACUGAGUCUGUACAUAGUCAAAGAUUUCCUUAAUUUCGGGUCAGUCACAGUGGUCAGGUAUUCUGCCACUGUGUACUCUCUGUUUAUGGCCAAAUAGCAUUCUAGUUUGCUCUGCUUUCCAAUGUGUCAAGUAAUUAUCUUUUUGUUUUCUCAUGAUUUGGUUGGGUCUAAUUGUGUUGCUGUCCUGGGGAUCUGUGGGGUCUGUUUGUGUUUGUGAAUAGAGCCCCAGGACCAGCUUGCAUAGGGGACUCUUCUCCAGGUUCAUUUCUCUGUAGGUGAUGGCUUUGUUAUGGAAGGUUUGGGAAUCGCUUCCUUUUAGGUGGCUGUAGAAUUUAACAGCUCUUUUCUAGAUUUAGAUAAUUAGCGGGUAUUAGCCUAAUUCUGCUCUGCAUGCAUUAUUUUGUGUUUUACGUUGUACACUGAGGAUAUAUUUGCAGAAUUCUGCAUGCAGAGUCUCAAUGUGGUCCUCUGUAGCUCAAUUGGUAGAGCAUGGCGCUUGUAACGCCAGGGUAGUGGGUUCGAUCCCCGGGACCACCCAUACGUAAAAAUGUAUGCACACAUGACUGUAAGUCGUUUGGAUAAAAGUGUCUGCUAAGUAGCAUAUUAUAAUUUGGUGUUUGUCCCAUUUUGUGAAUUCUUGGUUGGUGAGCAGACCUCAUACAGUGAGGGAAAAAAGUAUUUGAUCCCCUGAUGAUUUUGUACGUUUGCCCACUGACAAAGAAAUGAUCAGUCUAUAAUUUUAAUGGUAGGUUUAUUUGAACAGUGAGAGACAGAAUAACAACAAAAAAAUCCAGAAAAACGCAUGUCAAAAAUGUUAUAAAUUGAUUUGCAUUUUAAUGAGGGAAAUAAGUAUUUGACCCCCUCUCAAUCAGAAAGAUUUCUGGCUCCCAGGUGUCUUUUAUACAGGUAACGAGCUGAGAUUAGGAGCACACUCUUAAAUGGAGUGCUCCUAAUCUCAGCUUGUUACCUGUAUAAAAGACACCUGUCCACAGAAGCAAUCAAUCAAUCAGAUUCCAAACUCUCCACCAUGGUCAAGAUCAAAGAGCUCUCCAAGGAUGUCAGGGACAAGAUUGUAGACCUACACAAGGCUGGAAUGGGCUACAAGACCAUCGCCAAGCAGCUUGGUGAGAAGGUGCCAACAGUUGGUGUGAUUAUUCGCAAAUGGAAGAAAGACAAAAGUACUGUCAAUCUCCCUCGGCCUGGGGCUCCAUGCAAGAUCUCACCUCGUGGAGUUGCAAUGAUCAUGAGAACGGUGAGGAAUCAGCCCAGAACUACACGGGAGGAUCUCGUCAAUGAUCUCAAGGCAGCUGGGACCAUAGUCACCAAGAAUACAAUUGGUAACACACUACGCCGUGAAGGAGUGAAAUCCUGCAGCGCCCGCAAGGUCCCCCUGCUCAAGAAAGCACAUAUACAGGGCCAUCUGAAGUUUGCCAAUGAACAUCUGAAUGAUUCAGAGGAGAACUGGGUGAAAGUGUUGUGGUCAGAUGAGACCAAAAUCGAGCUCUUUGGCAUUAACUCAACUCUCCGUGUUUGGAGGAGGAGGAAUGCUGCCUAUGACCCCAAGAACACCAUCCCCACCGUCAAACAUUGAGGUGGAAACAUUAUGCUUUGGGGGUGUUUUUCUGCUAAGGGGACAGGACAACUUCACCGCAUCAAAGGGACGAUGGACGGGGCCAUGUACCGUCAAAUCUUGGGUGAGAACCUCCUUCCCUCAGCCAGGGCAUUGAAAAUGGGUCGUGGAUGGGUAUUCCAGCAUGACAAUGACCCAAAACACACGGCCAAGGCAACAAAGGAGUGGCUCAAGAAGAAGCACAUUAAGGUCCUGGAGUGGCCUAGCCAGUCUCCAGACCUUAAUCCCAUAGAAAAUCUGUGGAGGGAGCUGAAGGUUCGAGUUGCCAAACGUCAGCCUCAAAACCUUAAUGACUUGGAGAAGAUCUGCUAAGAGGAGUGGAACAAAAUCCCUCCUGAAAUGUGUGCAAACCUGGUGGCCAACUACAAGAAACGUCUGACCUCUGUGAUAGCCAACAAGGGUUUUGCCACCAAGUACUAAGUCAUGUUUUGCAGAGUGGUCAAAUACUUAUUUCCCUCAUUAAAAUGUAAAACAAUUUAUGACAUUUUUUACAUGCGUUUUUCUGGAUUUUUUCGUUUUUAUUCUGUCUCUCACUGUUCAAACAACCUACCAUUAAAAGUAUAGACUGAUCAUGUCUUUGUCAGUGGGCAAACGUACAAAAUCAGCAGGGGAUCAAAUACUUUUUUCCCUCACUGUACCUCACAAUCAUAAAGGGCAAUGGGUUCCAUAACUGAUUCAAGUAUUUUUAGCCAGGUCCUAAUUGGUAUGUUGAAUUUUAUGUUCCUUUUGAUGGCAUAGAAGGCCCUUCGUGCCUUGUCUCUCAGAUCGUUCACAGCUUUAUGGAAGUUACCUGUGGCGCUGAUGUUUAGGCUGAGGUAUGUAUAGUUUUUUGUGUGCUCUAGGGCAAUGGUGUCUAGAUGGAAUUUGUAUUUGUUGUCCUGGCAACUGGACCUUUUUUGGAACACCAUUAUUUUUGUCUUACUGAGAUUUACUGUCAGGGCCCAGGUCUGACAGAAUCUGUGCAGAAGAUCUAGGUGCUGCUGUAGGCCCUCCUUGGUUGGGGACAGAAGCACCAGAUCAUCAGCAAACAGUAGACAUUUAUCUUCAGAUUCUAGUAGGGUGAGGUCAGGUGCUGCAGACUGUUCUAGUGCCCUCGCCAAAUUCGUUGAUAUAUAUGUUGAAGAGGGUGGGGCUUAAGCUGCAUUCCUGUCUCACCCCCCUGCUCUGUUGAAAGAAAUGUGUGUGAUUUUUGCCAAUUUUAACCACACACUUGUUGUUUGUGUACAUGGAUUUCCCCCCAACACCACUUUGGAGAAGCUGUCAUCAUUAAAGUAUGGGGAGUCUAUUGGGAGUAGCACACAUGAGGACAUUUUUCUCUGUUGAGAUAAUUUCCUUAUUAAUGUCUAGCCAGAUGUAAAAUGGUCUGCUUUAUAACAAAUUAGCAUACCCCCUUAGUCUCUUCCUUGUUUCACACCUGGUAAUUUGUUGGAUGGGACUACCAGCUCUCUGUAACCUAGAGGGCAACCAGUGGGUCCGUAUCCUUUAUACCAUGUUUCUUGUAGGAUGACAAUGUCUGUAUUUCCAAUUUCCAUGAUGAAGUCUGGGUUCCUGCUCUUUAGGCCAAAGGCAGAUGACCUCAGACCUUGUAUAUUCCAGGAUGAGACAGUAAAAGCUUUUUGUUCCAUAGUGUCUAGUGUUGUUUUUGUGUGGUUUAGGCCCGGACCAUCACUGUAGGUGUGAGCAGAGCAUGUUGAGCAUCUGAUACAUACCUCUUAGGUCGCAGGAUGGUGCUUGGGCGGGUGUAAUAGUGGGGGUUGGGCCUGUUGCUCUGCUCACAGCCUGGGCAUAUGUCCUGCUGUCAUGUUGAGGUCCUUGCCGCAGGGGUAGGGGGGCAUGGGGUGGGCAGAAGGGGCAUAGGUCUGAUAUGGGGGGGGCCUAUACAGGGUGUGGCCAGGGUUUGCUUGAGGUGGUCUUAGCUGGUUGGGGUGUGGCUGGUGAUGCUGUGGUCUGGGUGUAGGUCCUCUUGGCAUGGGUUCUCUCGGUGCAGGUCCUUCAGGAGGGGGUCUUGCAGGUCUGGGAGGGUGUCUCGCUGGUCUGGGCGGGGUGUCCGUUGCUCUGUUGCUCCUGUGUGAGGUGCUGGGGCUACGGUUGAGGGUGACGUCCUUCAGGGUCCUGGCAAAAGUUGGGAUUGCUGCCUUGUAGAGGUGGACCUGGUCGUAAAGGCUGUUCAAGUCCAGGGUGGAGUGGUGGGCCAGGUAGACAUUAGGUUUUGUGGCACAGUCUCGCGAAAUGCUUGCAUUCACCCGCUGUAUGGUGGCAGGGUGAAAGUAUUUUCAUGGUAGCAGGGUGGAGAUAACCACUAGUUCGUUGGGAAAAGUGGAAGAAGCUUUUUCAAUCACUCCCUUGAGUGCUGUGGCCAUUUCUCUCCCUCUCUCUCUCUCCCCCUCCCUCCACCAGAGUAGUGUUAAAUUAAUCACUCAUGGCAGCAGCGCCUGUGCUAGGGGGAAAACAGUACAAGCCUAAGUUCCAGUGUUGAACCCUUUGACUCCCUGGCAGCCCCACGGCCCAUACAGUACUGUACUCCCUGACAGAUCCUGUUACAUCUGUGCGGCCAGUGAAGCGGAAACAGCAACCUGGGGACCUGUGUGUGUGUGUGUGUGUGUGUGUGUGUGUGUGUGUUUUAUCUGUGUGCGUACGUGUGUGUGUAUAUGGACAUUGGAGCCACAAGGUUGCAGGUUUAAAGGGACAGUGCGAGAUUUUGGCAAUCAAGCCCUUUUUCUACUUACCUAGAGUCAGAUAAAUUCAUGGAUACUUCAUUCAUGGACAUUUUUCUGUCUCUGUGUGCAUUUUGAAGGUACAGUAGUUUUGCGGUCCAUUGCUAAUUAGCAAUAGCACAAUGACUGGAAGUCUACCGGAACAGACUGGAAAUCUAUUUAUAUCUAUUUAAAAAGUAAUGUGCCCAAUUUAUACAUUUUAAAAAGGACUACAAUGAUAGCAAACCAAACACUGCAAACUCAUCUACUAGGGAUGUAACAAUUCACAGAUAUGCAUCAUCCCUGGAUCAAAUGUUUAAGAUAUGUGUGCAUCGGUCUGCGGGACCCAAAAUCGAUCCAAAUAUAGCAUGCAUCAGUCAGAAAAUUGAUUCAAUCAUUACGAAUCGCCGGUUCACUAAAAUGUUUUACUUAUAUUACUUUCUUUCUACCUUUUGGAAAAUACUUCUCAUCUUCUGUUACAACUGAUGCAUCCUCUCCUUCAGUGUGGAACUGAGCAUGUAACUGUGUUGACAGUCAUUGAUCUACAAGCCAUUUUGCAUGCUGAGCUUAUUCAAACUGCACGCUGUGCGCAACUUUGUGCGCUGACCAACGAGAGGUAGGCCUAUUCCUGAUCUUGCACAUCUGCGAGUCACCUACAGCAUUCAAAUGUUUGUAAAAUGGCUUGCCCAAUAUUAGGCUUUAUUAGUUGAUUGACAACCAAUGUAAUAUGCUAGGUUAAUGUUAUCAAAUGCGCCGUUGAAAAUUGUGCUUUAAGUAGCCUAAAAUACCCGCGAGACACAUUUACAUUUUAGUCAUUUAGCAGACACGCUUAUCCAGAGCAUCUUACAGUUAGUGCAUACAUUGUUUUUUGUUUGUUUCAUACUGGCCCCCCGUGGGAAUCGAACCCACAACCCUGGCGUUGCAAGCACCAUGCUCUUCCAACUGAGCUACACGGGACCUAGAUACAAAUCUAAUCUGGCAAUACCUGCUGAUCGGGGUUUACUGUUCAUUAGAUUUUAGAUAUACAGGAUAAAGGUGAUAAUUUCAUAACAAGAACAGUAAUCUCUUUUGCUACCCACACUGCAUGGCUGAAGCAGAGGAGAAGAGAAGCUCACUCCUAAAGACUUCCAAACGUCUACUAAAAAUGUUGAGAUGAGGGUGAAAUCCAAAGUUGUGCUAGAUAUUCAUUGACUAUGUCAUAGACAAAUAUUGAUAGACUACUAGCUCAAACAGUUUUAAUCUGCAAAAAAGUCAAACAUAUUAGUGGGUGAUGGUGAUUUCAGAUCAAAAGUGGGGGGACAAAAAGCAAACAUUGCCCCCCCCAAAUCAGAUAAUGGGGUGGUAGAUGCCCAUUUUCUCUUAUGGCUCAGCUCAGGUGCCUAAUUACACAGGUGCCUAAUUACACCAUAGACAUAUACAUAAUUUACACACACACACACACACACACUCUCACACACACACACACACACACACACACACACACACACACACACACACACACACACACACACACACACACAGAUAAGUCAGCUCAGACAGAUCCAGCUCAGAGAGGCCCAGCUCAUGAGCUCCAUCAGCAGCAGAUUUUAAUUUAGAAUGGAAAAUGAAUGUGUUUAUGCAACAAAUGUUAAUGCCUCGAAUAGUAUUGUAUCGCAUUGAACCAAAUCGCAUCAAUUUGCUCUCUAAUCAAACCGAAUUGCACCGAAUAAUUUCAAACUAAAACGUAUCUUUCCUGUAUCAUAUUGGGAUUCAUGUACCUGGAUAUGUAUCAAAUCAUCUUGAAAGGGAAAGAUGCAUAUCCCUACCAUCUACAGUAUUUAAUUAGCUUAAAUCUCUCUCUCUCUCUCUCUCUCUCUCUCUCUCUCUCUCUCUCUCUCUCUCUCUCUCUCUCUCUCUCUCUCUCUCUUCCUCUGCUCUCUCCCUCUGUCUGUCACCAAUGGCAACUGCAAAUGUGAUUCUAAUUAUACAGUUUCACUCCUCUGUAAAUGUUAACAGCUCAAGGAUAUAACUUUUUUUAGAGUAACCUCUCAACCCAACCCAUGGACUGAAGAACCAGGCAUCGGCAGGCAUUAUCCUUAUGCCUUUAAGCUAUCCUGUAAAUACCACCAAUGAAACAUACAUGCUAUCAUUUGUUUUUGUUUAUUACAGUGUUGGAAUCAUAUUAUUACACCCACUCUAGAUCAUCAGUGUACUGUGUCAUACUCUUUAAAUAGGAAUUCACCUGCUGCUCACCUUUUAACCCUAAUGACCACACACACAAACACACAUGCACACACACACGCACACACAGACACGUGCGUGCACGCAAACCCACGCACAUACACAGACACACACACACAGUGGCGCAGCGGUCUAAGGCACUGCAUCUCCGCGCUAGAGGCGUCACUACAGACCCUGGUUUGAUUCCAGGCUGUAUCACAACCGGCCGUGAUUGGGAGUCCCAUAGGGUGGCGCACAAUUGGCCCAGCGUCGUCCGGGUUUGGCCGGUGUAGGCCGUCAUUGUAUAUAAGAAUUUGUUCUUAACUGACUUGCCUAGUUAAAUAAAGGUACUAAAAAAUAAAAUAAAAACUUGUGUCUUGUCUCUCAGUAAGUAGAGCUGGUGCCUAGCAGAUGUCAGCCAUUGAGAAGUGUACAGUCUCUCAGAGAGAUUAUGAUGCUGUUUUGUUGUGUGUGUGUACGUGCGUGUGUUGGGAGUUACAGUAUGUUAGAGGUGAUGGAUUUACUGACUAAACCAUAUUUGAUUCAUGACUCAACACUUAUGUUUAUCAUUCAUUUGUCUUUUCUGUUCCCCUUUAUUUUCUAGAUCAUGAUCUCAGAGACCGUCCUGUUCUUGAUACAAUACUCGUCCAAAGAGCUGGACAGUCAGGAGAAGACCAUGCUGACAGGAGACUGCUGCUACCUCAACCCUCUGGUGCGCAGGACCUUUCGCUUUCUGGGUACGUCUUACAGACUAAAUAUUAUCUAAACAUUAGUCAACUUUGUGGCUCAGUCGGCAAUUGUGCAAUGACAAGGUUGUGCUUCGGAUAAAAGCCUCUGUUUAUUGACAUAUAUUGCAUACAUUAAAUUCUCUCUGUCUUGUCCUUGAAAACUAGCUCCAUAUGUCCAGUGUCUCCUCAUACAGAAACGUACACUGUCACGUGCCCUGAGGGGAACGAAUGGGAUCCUUUGGAAAGGAAUGGUACAGUCAGUACUGUAUGUAGUCUCCUCUGCUCUCACGCAAAAGUUCCUCUUUUAGAUAAGACUACAGAAACCAAAAGGAAUAUCACCCUGAUCCCUGAGGGAAUAAACUCCUCCCUCCCACCCUCUCUCUCUCUUUCCUGUUAAAUCUUUAAUUUACACCACAAUUCCUCUCACUGUAACAAUUAUUUACUGUUCUGAGCUUUCGCAGCUAAACCUCCCUUUACUCACUAUACACAAUAUGUAUGAAUUAUAGGUUGCUCUAAAUGACAUAAUCUAAAACAUCAUAUAGGAUGUUAAAUGGAUAACUCAGUCUAACCGACCAACUUUGUUUUUGUUAGACUGUCAGACGGUAGGCCAUUGCUGUUAUGUUGGUGUUACAGUUAGUUCUGCAGAUAAUGUCUGCCCCAGUAGCCAGCAGAAGCUAACACGGCCACCUGCUGUAGAGGUAUGGAUGACUGAGGUCACUAGAGCAAGGGAUUUGUGUCAGAGGUUUUAAAGGCAUUGUCCAUUGGGAUCAGAUGGGGAUACUACUUUCAUCUAAGCCUCCCUAGCAGACUGCAGUGAGAAUGGGAUAAUUUCAACACAGGUCAAAGACACCUGUCUGCAGAGCAUGGUAGUGUACUUCUCCAGCCCAGUACAGGUUAACAAAAAGAUUGCACGUACUUACAAAUGUAAGAUAGAGGUACUGUAUCACAGUGAUAUAACAUAAUUGUAUUCUCUCAUGUACUAUAGCUAUCGUGCUGUGGAAGAUUACUUUCUGAUUGACUGCUCUUGGAUUCUGUCUCUUUUCUCAUCUAUACCCUGUCCAUGAUUUGUUUAGUCAGUUCAUAUUAUAGAGAGGUGAGAAACACAGGUGUGUGUGUGUGUGUGUGUGUGUGUGUGUGUGUGUGCGUGCAAGUAAUCUCACUAGUCAUCUCACGACCUGCCAUCUUCCAUCCCAUCUUUCUGUUUUAUUUAGAGUUCCAUUGAUAAUGACUCACUUUGCAAUGCUCUGUGGGAAAAUAUUACAUUUUGAACAUAUCCGAGGGUCAUGACAACAAGCUCGCUCUUAACUCUUACUCUUACUUUUCCACCUGAUUUUAAGUCUUUGCAUUUCUCCACCCUCUCAUGAACCUUGAUUGUGAAAGGAUCAGCUAUUUAGAGUGCACCCCUCUAUUGGUAGCUAGAUGGAGGGGUGUUAGGAGUAUAAAUUCUCAGCGAGAUGAAAGGCACCCUGGAGAGACACUGCUGUUGUUGUCUCACCAGAUUUUCAAGGUUCAAGGCAGAGCGUUGAUGUGCACUUGUUAGAGAACUCCUUAAGACAUACUCUUACACAAAGGAAGACUUUGCAGUGCAUACAAUAGCUUCACAAAUAAGCCACUUCAGUUUGGAGAAAUCCAACUUAUUAUUUCUCACUGCAUCACUAUUAGUCUUUGUGUGAUGUGUUGAUGUUCAAGCAGUUGGCAUACAGUUCAGACACUCAUCGGUACCACACAAGACAUGCAGCCAGAGGUCUCUUCACAGUCCCCAGGUCCAGAACAGAGGCUGGGAGGCGCACAGUAUAAAAUAGAGCCAUGAAUAAAUGGAACUCUCUGCCACCCCAGGUAACCCAAGCUAGCAAAAAAAUCUGAUUGAAAAACCAGAUAAAAAAACACCUAACGGCACAACGGGACUGUGAAGAGACAGACAUUUUGAUAUAUUUUGUAUUGUAAUUUACACUGUAUUAUGUGUUGUAUCAUGUAGGUGGGUGGCCUUGCACGAGAAUUGGGUUGUGCCAGCCGGAACAGCUCAUAGGGCAGGAGCCAUCUCCUGUUUCAGCAGCGUGAGGCAGAAGCAGGAGAUUAUGUAGUAUUAUGUAGUGUUAUGUAUGUUACCGUUUAUUUUUUUCUCUUUGGUGCUAAAGUGAAACGCUACAGUACUGUAAAUUACAGUAGAUUACACAGUUUUCACAUUAGGCAAUACACUUACAUUACCCAACAAAAUUGACAGAAAAUCUAUAAUUCCGUAAUAUCUAUCCAAUGUGUAAUCAAAGGUGUGAUCAAUGAAGACAUCCUCUACAAUAAUUCAUGCAGAAACAGUUUUUUCAGAUAUUUUGCAACAUAGGUGUGCUGUCUGUAAUCAAAUGUAAAUAAAAAUUAAUGAAUCAAAUGUAAAUGAAUGAAAUUAAAACAUAACGUUUAGCACGCAUUAAUUUGCAUCAAGCCUUUCUUGAGCAUUUGGCCAUCAAUUCUCAUCCACAGCACAGUGAAUGGCCUCAUUGUUCAUGCACCUUUUUCCAUGGCGAAUCCAAGCUUGACAUUGGUCUGCAUUGACGUCGUCACAUGCCUCAUCCAUGGCCAGAAGGAGGGUGGCACGCUCAUAGGGAUGGUGAUCGUACACCUUCCACCUCAAUGCUGAAAAACAUUCCUCAAUAGGGUUGAGGAAAGGAGUGUAUGGGGGCAGGUAUAGGGUCACAAAUCGGGGAUGGGCCCAAAACCAUGCCUGAACCACCUCUGCAUGGUGGAUCCUGACAUUGUCCCACACAAUGACAUAUGUGACCCCUUCACCUUGACAGGCCUAUUCAAUUUCAUUGAGAAACACAAUGAGGAAAGGAAAGGGGGAUACCUAGUCAGUUGUACAACUGAAUGCAUUCAACUGAAAUGUGUCUUCCACAUUUAACCCAACCCAUCUGAAUCAGAGAGCCGCUGCCUUAAUCAACAGCGCCCGGGGAACAGUGGCUUAACUGCCUUGCUCAGGGGCAGAACAACAGAUUUUUACCUUGUCAGCUCUGGGAUUUGAUCCAGCAACCUUUUGCUUACUGGCCCAACGCUCCUACCCGCUAGAAUACCUGCCGCCCAAUGAGGUGUGCAGCAUUGUAGGAUCCAAGUAAUGGCCUACGUCCUACCUCACCAUCUUCAGACAUACUGUAGCUGCUCACAUGGAGAUGUUUCCCCACGUUGUCCACGGCGCCGAGUUUUGGCCAGGUUGAAGCCUGCUUCAUCAACAAAGAUAUACACUACCGGUCAAAAGUUUUAGAACACCUACUCAUUCAAGGGUUUUUCUUUAUUUUUUAAUAUUUUCUACAUUGUAGAAUAAUAGUGAAGACAUAACAACUAUGAAAUACAGUGCCUUGCAAAUGUAUUAAUUCCCCUUGGCAUUUUUCCUAUUUUAUUGCAUUACAACCUGUAAUUUAAAUUGAUUUUUAUUUGGAUUUCAUGUAAUGGACAUACACAAAAUAGUCAUAAUUGGUAAAGUCAAAUGAAAAAAUUACUUGUUUCAAAAAAUUCUAAAAAAUAAAUAACGGAAAAGUGUAUUCACCCCCUUUGCUAUGACGCCCCUAAAUAAGAUCUGGUGCAACCAAUUACCUUCAGAAGUCACAUAAUUAGUUAAAUAAAGUCUGCCUGUGUGCAAUCUAAGUGUCACAUGAUCUGUCACAUGAUCUCAGUAUAUAUACACCUGUUCUGAAAGGCCCCAGAGUCUGCAACACCACUAAGCAAGGGGCACCAUGACGACCAAGGAGCUCUCCAAACAGGUCAGGGACAAAGUUGUGGAGAAGAACAGAUCAGGGUUGGGUUAUAAAAAAAUAUCAGAAAAUGUUGAACAUCCCACAGAGCACCAUUAAAUCCAUUAUUAAAAAAUUGAAAGAAUAUGGCACCACAACAAACCUGCCAAGGGAGGGCCGCCCACCAAAACUCACGGACCAGGCAAUGAGGGCAUUAAUCAGAGAGGCAACAAAGAGACUAAAGAUAACCCUGAAGGAGCUGCAAAGCUCCACAGCGGAGAUUGGAGUAUAUGUCCAUAGGACCACUUUAAGCCGUACACUCCACAGAGCUGGGCUAUACGGAAGAGUGGCCAGAAAAAAGACAUUGCUUAAAGAAAAAAAUAAGCAAACACAUUUGGUGUUUGCCAAAAGCCAUGUGGGAGACUCCCCAAACAUAUGGAAUAAGGUACUCUGGUCAGAUGAGACUAAAAUUGAGCUUUUUGGCCAUCAAGGAAAACGCUAUGUCUGGCGCAAACCCAACACCUCUCAUCACCUCUCAUCACCCCGAGAACACCAUCCCCACAGUGAAGCAUGGUGGUGGCAGCAUCAUGCUGUGGAUGUUUUUAAUCGGCAGGGACUGGGAAACUGGUCAGAAUUAAAGGAAUGAUGGAUGGCGCUAAAUACAGGGAAAUUCUUGAGGGAAACCUGUUUCAGUAUUCCAGAGAUUUAAGACUGGGACAGAGGCUUACCUUCCAGCAGGACAAUGACCCUAAGCAUACUGCUAAAGCAACACUCAAGUGGUUUAAGGGGAAACAUUUAAAUGUCUUGGAAUGGCCUAGUUAAAACUCAGACCUCAAUCCAAUUGAGAAUCUGUGGUAUGACCUAAAGAUUGCUGUACACCAGCGGAACCCAUCCAACUUGAAGGAGCUGGAGCAGUUUUGCCUUGAAGAAUGGGUAAAAAUCCCAGUGGCUAGAUGUGCCAAGCUUAUAGAGACAUACCCCAAGAGACUUGCAGCUGUAAUUGCUGCAAAAGGUGGCUCUACAAAGUAUUGACUUUGGGGGGGUGAAUAGUUAUGCAUGCUCAAGUUUUCUGUAUUUUGCAUCUUCAAAGUGGUAGGCAUGUUGUGUAAAUCAAAUGAUACAAACCCCAAUUUUAAUUUCAGGUUGUAAGGCAACAAAAUAGGAAAUAUGCCAAGGGGGGUGAAUACUUUGGCAAGCCACUGUAACACAUAUGGAAUCAUGAAGUAACGAAAAAAGUGGUAAACAACUCAAAAUAUAUUUUAUAUUUGAGAUUCUUCAAACAGCCACCCUUUGCCUUGAUGACAGCUUUGCACACUCUUGGCAUUCUCUCAAACAGCUUCAUGAGGUAGUCACCUGGAAUGCAUUUCAAUAAACAGGUGUGCCUUCUUAAAAGUUCAUUUGGGUAAUUUCUUUCCUUCUUAAUGCAUUUGAGCCAAUCAGUUGUGUUGUGACAAGGUCCAUAUUAUGGCAAGAACAGCUCAAAUAAGCAAAGAGAAAUGACAUUCCAUCAAUACUUUAGGACAUGAAGGUCAGUCAAUCCGGACAAUUUCAAGAACUUUGAAGGUUUCUUCAAGUGCAGUCGCAAAAACCAUCUAGCGCUAUGAUGAAACUGGGUCUCAUGAGAACCGCCACAGGAAUGGAAGACCCAGAAUUACCUCUGCUGCAGAGGAUAAGUUCAUUAGAGUUACCAGCCUCAGAAAUUGCAGCCCAAAUAAAUGCUUCACAGAGUUCAAGUAACAGACACAUCUCAACAUCAACUGUUCAGAAGAAACUGUGUGAAUCAGGCCUUCAUGGUCAAAGAAACCACUACCGAAGGACACCAAUAAGAAGAAGAGACUUGAUUGGGCCAAGAAACACGAGCAAUGGACAUUAGACCGGUGGAAAUGUGUCUUUUGGUCAAGUCCAAAUUUGAGAUUUUUGCUUCCAACCGCUGUGUCUUUGUGAGACGCGGUGUGGGUGAACGGAUGAUCUCCGCAUGUGUAUCUCCCACAGUAACGCAUGGAGGAGGUGUUAUGGUGUGGGGGUGCUUUGCUGGUGACACUGUCUGUGAUUUAUUUAGAAUUCAAGGCACACUUAACCAGCAUGGCUACCACAGUAUUCUGCAGCGAUACGCCAUCCCAUCUGGUUUGGGCUUAGUGGGACUAUCAUUUGUUUUUCAACAGGACAAUGACCCAACACACCUCUAGGCUGUGAAAGGGCUAUUUUACCAAGAAGGAGAAUGAAGAAGGUCAAGAAGAAGGUCUGAUUUCAUUAUUACUGAAACAGGAUACAAGUGGAAAAUAUAAAGAUCCAGUCCAUUUUAAAAAAUUGGAGGCUCCUUAAACUUCAGUGUUGUGAUGAUAAAUUCUAGCAGAAUGUAUAGCACAUAGAAUUAAAAAGGUAUUGUCGGACAUUAUUCAUUCUAAUCAGACAAGUUUUUUACAUGGACAUACAGUGGGGAAAAAAAGUAUUUAGUCAGCCACCAAUUGUGCAAGUUCUCCCACUUAAAAAGAUGAGAGAGGCCUGUAAUUUUCAUCAUAGGUACACGUCAACUAUGACAGACAAAAUGAGAAAAAAAAUCCUGAAAAUCACAUUGUAGGAUUUUUUAUGAAUUUAUUUGCAAAUUAUGGUGGAAAAUAAGUAUUUGGUCAAUAACAAAAGUUUCUCAAUAAUUUGUUAUAUACCCUUUGUUGGCAAUGACACAGGUCAAACGUUUUCUGUAAGUCUUCACAAGGUUUUCACACACUGUUGCUGGUAUUUUGGCUCAUUCCUCCAUGCAGAUCUCCUCUAGAGCAGUGAUGUUUUGGGGCUGUCGCUGGGCAACACGGACUUUCAACUCCCUCCAAAGAUUUUCUAUGGGGUUGAGAUCUGGAGACUGGCUAGGCCACUCCAGGACCUAUAAAUGCUUCUUACGAAGCCACUCCUUCGUUGCCCGGGCGGUGUGUUUGGGAUCAUUGUCAUGCUGAAAGACCCAGCCACGUUUCAUCCUCAAAAUCUUUUUCACUCAAAAUCUCACGAUACAUGGCCCCAUUCAUUCUUUCCUUUACACGGAUCAGUCGCCUGGUCCCUUUGCAGAAAAACAGCCCCAAAGCAUGAUGUUUCCACCCCCAUGCUUCACAGUAGGUAUGGUGUUCUUUGGAUGCAACUCAGCAUUCUUUGUCCUCCAAACACGACGAGUUGAGUUUUUACCAAAAAGUUAUAUUUUGGUUUCAUCUGACCAUAUGACAUUCUCCCAAUCCUCUUCUGGAUCAUCCAAAUGCACUCUAGCAAACUUCAGACGGGCCUGGACAUGUACUGGCUUAAGCAGGGGGACAUGUCUGGCACUGCAGGAUUUGAGUACCUGGCGGCGUAGUGUGUUACUGAUGGUAGGCUUUGUUACUUUGGUCCCAGCUCUCUGCAGGUCAUUCACUAGGUCCCCCCGUGUGGUUCUGGGAUUUUUCCUCACCGUUCUUGUGAUCAUUUUGACCCCAUGGGGUGAGAUCUUGCGUGGAGCCCCAGAUCGAGGGAGAUUAUCAGUGGUCUUGUAUGUCUUCCAUUUCCUAAUAAUUGCUCCCACAGUUGAUUUCUUCAAACCAAGCUGCUUACCUAUUGCAGAUUCAGUCUUCCCAGCCUGGUGCAGGUCUACAAUUUUGUUUCUGGUGGUCCUUUGACAGCUCUUUGGUCUUGGCCAUAGUGGAGUUUGGAGUGUGACUGUUUGAGGUUGUGGACAGGUGUCUUUUAUACUGAUAACAAGUUCAAACAGGUGCCAUUAAUACAGGUAACGAGUGGAGGACAGAGGAGCCUCUUAAAGAAGAAGUUACAGGUCUGUGAGAGCCAGAAAUCUUGCUUGUUUGUAGGUGACCAAAUACUUAUUUGCCACCAUAAUUUGCAAAUAAAUUCAUUAAAAAUCCUACAAUGUGAUUUUCUGGAGAAAAAAAUCUCAAUUUGUCUGUCAUAGUUGACGUGUACCUAUGAUGAAAAUUACAGGCCUCUCUCAUCUUUUUAAGUGGGAGAACUUGCACAAUUGGUGGCUGACUAAAUACUUUUUUCCCCCACUGUAAUUGGAUAUAAUAUAUGGCAAGUACUGGAAACAAUAGAACACAAUGAAAAAUCAGGGAAACCAGGCUUGCUAUUCAUUGCAGACUUCAAAAAGGCAUUUGAUAAAGUACGACUGGUGUUUAUAUAUAAAUGCCUGGAGCAUUUCAAUAUUGGAGAAUCUGGAAAAUCAUGUAUAGUAACCCUAGGUGUAAAAUAGUCAAUAAUGGCUAUUUCUCUGAAAGUUUUAAACUGUCAAGAGGAGUGAAACAAUGUUGUCCACUAUCGGCAUAUCUAUUUAUUAUGGCCAUCGAGAUGUUAGCUAUUAAACUCAGAUCCAACAAUAAUAUCAAGGGAUUAGAAAUCCAGGGCUUAAAAACAAAGGUGUCAUUGUACGCUGAUGAUUCAUGUUUUCUUUUAAAUCCACAACUUGAAUCCCUCCACAGCCUCAUAGAGGAUCUAGAUACAUUUCUAACCUCUCUGGAUUACAAGCAAAUUAUGAUAAAUGUACUAUAUUACGUAUUGGAUCACUAAAAAAUACAAAUUUUAAAUUACCAUGUAGUUUACCAAUAAAAUGGUCUGACGGUGAUGUGGAUAUACUCGGAAUACAUAUCCCAAAUUAAAUAAAUGAUCUCACUCCAAUACAUUUUAAUAGAAAGUUAGCUAAAAUAAGAUCAGAUCUUGCUACCAUGGAAAGGUAAAUAACUGUACAUUUGUGGAAAAAUCACCCUGAUUAACUCUUUAGUAUUAUCCCAGUUUACCUAUUUGCUUAUGGUCUUGCCUACGCCUAGCGAACCGUUUUUAAAAUUAUAUGAGAAAAAAAUAUUCCAUUUUAUUUGGAACGGCAAGCAAGACAAAAUUAAAUGGGCCUAUUUAUAUAAUGAGUAUGAAUUCGGAGGACAGAAAUGAUUAAAUAUUAAAGCAUUAGACCUAUCACUAAAAGCUUCAGUCAUACAAAUGUUGUACUUAAAUCCAAACUGGUUCUAGCAAAUUAGUAAGAUUGUCUCACCCAAUGUUCAAGAAUGGCCUUUUUUCACUUUAUUCAGAUUACAACCCCUCACUUUCAGGUAUUUGAAAAGGAAAUAAUCCCCAAAAUAUCACUAUUUCUAAAACAAGCCAUAGAAAGUUGGUUGCAAUUUCAAUUUAAUCCUCCAGAAACAACAGAACAAAUAUUGCAACAAAUAUUGUGGUUAAACUCAAAUAUACUAAUUGAUAAAAAAAAGUCCUUCAAAACUGUUGGAAAAGCAUUCCAGGUGAAGCUGGUUGAGAGAAUGCCAAGAGUGUGCAAAGCUGUCAUCAAGGCAAAGGGUGGCUAUUUGAAGAAUCUCAAAUAUAAAAUAUAUUUUUGAUUUGUUUAACACUUUUGUCACACCCUGGCUCUGGGACUCAUUAUGUUGAGCCAGGGUGUGUUCAUUCUAUGUGUGUAUUUCUAUGUUGGUAAUUCUGUUGUGUUUAAUUCUAUGUUUGCCUGAGUGACUCCCAAUCAGAGGCAACGAGUGUCAGCUGUUGGCUGGUUGUCUCUGAUUGGGAGCCAUAUUUAAACUGUAUGUUUUUCCCUUUGGGUUUGUGGGUUUUUGUUCCGUGUUCGGUCAUUGAUACCGUUGGACGUCAUGAGUCGUUUCUUGUUUUGUGUUUAAACUUUAACUAAUUAAAGUAUGUUUGUUCAUCACGCUGCGCCUUGGUCUGUUCCAUAUGACGAUCGUGACAGAAAAACCCACCAUGCAACGACCAAGCAGCGUGUCCAGGGGCAGCUCUUGGGCUGGACAUGGGAGGAAGCGCCGGGAGAAGAGACGGUGGAGGCGCGCCGUAGAGAGGAGCAACGGCGUGAUCAGGGUCGUCGUCGGGCGGUCGAGAAGCAACCCCAGAAAUUUUUUAGGGGGGGGCACACGGCAUGGACGACGGGGCUGACGGAGGCAAAAGAGGGGCGGAUUCUGGAGGCCACCAGGUUACGGAUACACCGCCCUGUACGUCCUGUGCGGAUGCCUCACACAGAGUGUGUGAGGGUAGGCAUUCAGCCAGGACGGGUUGUGGCCGCUCUUCACUCCAGGGCUCCUAUCCGUCUCCACAGCCCGGUUCGGCCUGUCCCUGCUCCACGCACCAAGCCUACGGUGUGCGUCGCCAGCCCAGCCCGGCCUGUCCCUGCUCCACGCACCAAGCCUACGGUGUGCGUCGCCAGCCCAGUCCGGCCUGUCCCUGCUCCACGCACCAAGCCUACGGUGUGCGUCGCCAGCCCAGUCCGGCCUGUCCCUGCUCCACGCACCAAGCCUACGGUGUGCGUCGCCAGCCCAGCCCAACCUGUCCCUGCUCCACGCACCAAGCCUACGGUGUGCGUCGCCAGCCCAGUCCGGCCUGUCCCUGCUCCACGCACCAAGCCUACGGUGUGCGUCGCCAGCCCAGCCCGACCUGUCCCUGCUCCACGCACCAAGCCUACGGUGCGCGUCGCCAGCCCGGCCCGGCCUGUUCCUGCCACUCGCACCAAGUAUACGGUGCGCGUCGCCAGCCCGGCCCGGCCUGUUCCUGCCACUCGCACCAAGUCUACGGUGCGCGUCGCCAGCCCGGCCCGGCUUGUUCCUGCCACUCGCACCAAGUAUACGGUGCGCGUCGCCAGCCCGGCCCGGCCUGAACCUGCCACUCGCACCAAGUAUACAGUGCGCGUCGCCAGCCCGGCCCGGCCUGUUCCUGCCACUCGCACCAAGUAUACGGUGCGCGUCGCCAGCCCGGCCCGGCCUGUUCCUGCCACUCGCACUAAGCCAGGGGUGCGAGAUGUCAGCCUGGUAAGGCCCGUUCCUCCUCCACGCACCAAGCCAGGGGUGCGAGUCGUCAGCCUGGUAAGGCCCGUCCCUCCUCCACGCACCAAGCCAGGGGUGUGAGUCGUCAGCCUGGUAAGGCCCGUUCCUCCUCCACGCACCAAGCCAGGGAUGCGCGUCGUCAGCCUGGUAAGGCCCGUUCCUCCUCCACGCACCAAGCCAGGGAUGCGCGUCGUCAGUCCAGCACAACCCGUGCCUGGGUCACCGGUGCCUGGUAAGGUACCGGUCAACUGCUCCACUAUGGAGCUGAAGCUAACCGCUCCUGCUAAGUCCAGUCCUGCUCCUGCCGGCGGGGCCAGACUGGACCAGGGGCGCUAUGGGGGGUGUAUUGGAGGGUGGUGGUCAAGGCCGGAGCCAGAACCGCCGCCGAGGAGGUAUGCCCGCCCAGCCCUCCCCUGUUUUGUUCAGUUGAGGCGCGGUCGCAGUCCGCGCCUUUAGGGGGGGGUACUGUCACACCCUGGCUCUGGGACUCAUUAUGUUGAGCCAGGGUGUGUUCAUUCUAUGUGUGUAUUUCUAUGUUGGUAAUUCUGUUGUGUUUAAUUCUAUGUUUGCCUGAGUGACUCCCAAUCAGAGGCAACGAGUGUCAGCUGUUGGCUGGUUGUCUCUGAUUGGGAGCCAUAUUUAAACUGUAUGUUUUUCCCUUUGGGUUUGUGGGUUUUUGUUCCGUGUUCGGUCAUUGAUACCGUUGGACGUCACGAGUCGUUUCUUGUUUUGUGUUUAAACUUUAACUAAUUAAAGUAUGUUUGUUCAUCACGCUGCACCUUGGUCUGUUCCAUAUGACGAUCGUGACAACUUUUUUGGUUAUUACAUGAUUCCAUAUGUGUUAUUUCAUAGUUUUGAUGUAUUCACUAUUAUUCUACAAUGUAGAAAAUAGUAAAAAUAAAGAAAACCCCUUGAAUGAGUAGGUGUUCUACAACUUUUGACCGGUAGUGCACUUGUGAUAGGUCACAGCAGCAUCAAGCCCAAUCACCCACUCAAAAUAUAUUUUGGUUACUUAUUUUUACAGUAUAGAUAUAUAUGAUAUUGUGAAGUAGCAUGUUUAUCAAAUAGUAACAGUAUUACAAUAUAAAGUGCUGUUUCUCUCAAAAGGCACCAGGUAAAUGUGUUUCAUAGAUACCUGGUGCCUCUUCAAAAGGCGGGCAAUUGUUGGUAGGCUGAUGGAUGCCACAUUGGCAAAGGUGUCAUCGUUCUCCUCAAUGGCCUGCUUUAUUUUGGACAGCGGUAUGUCAUUCCUGACCCUCACCAUUUCCACCACUCCUGCUGGUCGGUCAGCAUACGGCCACCAUCAUGGGGUCUUCUGUCAAUUCUGAGGGUAGAACAGAGUAUACUGUCAAUAGAUCAUACUGUAACAUGUUUUGUGAAUUUACAUGCAUUACAAUAUGUCAUUUACUGUAAAUGUAAUGGUAAAGCAUAGUGGAUAUCCUGCAGACUUACCGGUUUUCUUGGCAAAAUGUUCUCAUGAUCAAAUUGACAGUUGAUCUUUUCAGAUUGGGGUGAUCUGGCAGCCUCUGCCAUGGUAAGGCCUCUGUUUACCAUAUGGUCAACGACGAUGGCCUGGACUUCAUUUGAUACAACAGUUCCCUGCCGUCUGCCUCCCUCUCUCUGAUGUCCACCUGUUUGACGGGGCCCAAGCCCAUCUCUUUGACGGGGACCAUGCCCACCUCUUUGACCUCUUUGAUGGGGCCCAUGCCCACUUCUCUGAUUUCUUCCUCUCCCUUGCUGUCUAUCGUUCUCCAUGUUGAAAGAAAUUGCAAGUGUUCACACACCACCUUUUAUAUGGUGACCAAUUGUGGUUACCACUUUGUGAAAUCAAUUAGCAAAAACGAGUAUUCAUUAUGUAUGGUUAUCAUGUACUGUAUCAUACAUGUAAUUUAGAUGUUUAUACUUUACAAACACACCUUUUAUUUCUUUAGUUCUCAAAAUCCAUAUAUAGUGGACAAACCAGUUUAAAAUAUAUAGGUUUACCAAACGGUUAAGUGAUUAACCAUUAAGCGCAGUUGGAUUAAGUGAUGGUCAAAUGUAUUUAAUGAGAAGAGAAUCAUAUGAAAAGUAUUGUCAGCAUUGUAUUGUGAAAGGCAACAACGUUAUAUGAAAGUUAGUUCUAGAUUAAACACCGAUUAGGUUUAGUGAAAAAGUUAUUUGUGUGAUUGUGUGUGUUGUACUUAGCCAAUUGAAAAUGUGCAAAAAAAUGUUGUAAAACUGCCUUUUUGAUGAUCUGUUUUGUACUAAGAGUUGUGAAAUUUUACCACAUACUUGUGAAAAUAGUACCAAAGUGAUUUUAAAAAACAGUAUAUUAUGUAUUUUAAUUGUUGUUUUGUUUCCUGUUUGGACCCCAGGAAGAGUAGCCGCUGCCUUGUGGAUCCCAAUAAAUAUUACUAUAAUACUAACGGUCUGCAGGGGUAGGCAAUCCUGGUCUUUAGAGCCUGUGCAGGUUUAUAUCACAGCCGAGCACUAAAUAAUCAUCUUUAAACAGUCAGCCUCUGAAAAAUUCCUUGUAAAAUAGAAAAGGUUCACCUUUCUGUUAAGAGCUCUGUGUUGUACUGUAUGUGUCCUCAAGUUCAACUCUGUACCAUCCCUACAGUACCUUAACCUAAUCUCCUCCUCCCUCCACCAGUGUGUGCAUAUGUGUGCGCGUGCAUGUACAUGUGCGUGUGUAUGUGUGUAUGUGCGUGAGUGUGUGUGUGUGUGUGCGUGCUUAUGCCGUUUGAGACAGUCAGUGAGCCAUUGCACCUGCACCUUUGAUCUAACGCCAGAGCCUGUCCUAUUGCUGCAGUCUGAUGCAGUGAAACCUCAGUCAGCAUGAACGUUUUCAAGGCUACACAGCCUCUACCCACCCAGCCUUCCUAUUAACCACCCACCCACCACACGCACGCUGACAACAAGAAAUGGAAUCAAUGACACUGAAAAGAUAAAGCCUUUGACGUUUUUGCUUUUUAUUGAACCGUGCAAAUUUAAUUUAAUUUAUCUGCUUAAUAAGAGUUCGAUUUCCGCCCCGUCUACGGUGCCAGCUAAGGAAUUAGUUUCGCUAGCUAUGUAUUUCUGCCAUUAAACCAAACUCCAAACGUAGCCAUUUCCAUGGACAGCUGCUUAUGUUUUGCUGCUAAUUGGGACAACGUCAGGCUAAUGUCUUCUAAAAUCCUUUGCCAAAUGCUCAUCUAGUGAGUCACUGUUGAAAUAAUCCAUCUGACAGAAGUAAAAAUGUGUCUGUCAGCAUCUUCUGUCACCCCCUCCUCAUCUCAGGUCCCUCGUUCCCUUUAAGAAAGAGUAAAGAAGAAGAGAAUGCGGUGACUGGAAUGUGAAAGAAGCAGAAUGACAUUCUCAACAAUAACGAAGCCUUGCCUUGCCUCUCUGCUCUUCCAGCUAAGUUGGAUUCAAAACUGAAAGACACAUUAAGAUGCAGAAACAGAGUCUUGACAGUGAUUGCAAAAGCUCCCCAUUGUUGCUGCAGCAAAUAAUGCGUCCUCCUGGCUUUCGGCUUUGUCUCUGGCUGUGUCUCUGUGUGUGUGUCUAGCGAGGGCUCGUUUGUGGAGAUUUAGCAUGAAAGACAGAGCUAUAGGGCUCUCCUCUCCUUUGGGGAAAACAAUAAUUUUUGAUUGGGCCUCUCAAUCUAACCACAUGACACACUGAUUCUGGCUGUGUUGGUUUAGGAGCAAUAGUCAUGGGCAGUGGUGUCUCCACAUGUCUUUUGGCUCUGUGACACAUGUCCUGUGUGUGUGUGUGUGUGUGUGUGUGUGUGUGUGUGUGUGUGUGUGUGUAUGUGUGUGUUGGUAGGUCCAGCUGGGAGAUGUACUUUGAGGACAUCGUUUUAUUAAGGGAUCUGAUGUUACUCCUGUGUGUUUGAGCAUCAAGCUUUAUGCGUCCUCACACAAUUCUAGGAACAAAAGCUCUGUCGUGAGGAGAAUGUCUUUUUGCAUAUGUUUGGCACACAGGGUUGUUGCUAAAAAUUUGCAUCUGUGAGAAGAGACUAGUCAUUUGUAAUCCUACUUUCAGACAUAAUGUGAUAUUUACAGCAUUUGGAAUCAUGCAGUGGGCUUCUCAAAAUAUAAAAAAGGUAACUUUCAUUACAGAAUGUUAUUUAUCCAUCUCUGUGUCUCCUUAAAUCUCUCACUCCACAGGAAAAACAGUGUUUUGUUACUGAUUGAGUGUGGGGGAAAGCUAUUUCUCACUCUUCCUCACUUGUUCUACCCCCUCUGUUUGAAUAUACAUCUCGCCCUAUCUGUCUCUCUGUCUCUGUCUCUCUCUCGUUGUCUCUGUCUCUCAGACGAGUAAUUGUAUUUUUCAUUAGUGCAAACUCUAUGCUCUGAGGGCUCAUUACCCACAUUGUUAUCUCUCUCUCUCUCUCUCUCUAUAUAUAUAUAUAUAUAUAUAUAUAUACAGUGGGGAGAACAAGUAUUUGAUACACUGCCGAUUUUGCAGGUUUUCCUACUUACAAAGCAUGUAGAGGUCUGUAAUUUUUAUCAUAGGUACACUUCAACUGUGAGAGACAGAAUCUAAAAAUCCAGAAAAUCACAUUGUAUGAUUUUUAAGUAAUUCAUUUUCAUUUUAUUGCAUGACAUAAGUAUUUGAUCACCUACCAACCAGUAAGAAUUCCGGCUCUCACAGACCUGUUAGUUUUUCUUUAAGAAGCCCUCCUGUUCUCCACUCAUUACCUGUAUUAACUGCACCUGUUUGAACUCACUACCUGUAUAAAAGACAACUGUCCACACACUUAAUCAAACAGACUCCAACCUCUCCACAAUGGCCAAGACCAGAGAGCUGUGUAAGGACAUCAGGGAUAAAAUUGUAGACCUGCACAAAGCUGGGAUGGGCUACAGGACAAUAGGCAAGCAGCUUGGUGAGAAGGCAACAACUGUUGGUGCAUUUAUUAGAAAAUGGAAGAAGUUCAAGAUGACGGUCAAUCAACCUCGGUCUGGGGCUCCAUGCAAGAUCUCACCUCGUGGGGCAUCAAUGACCAUGAGGAAGGUGAGGGAUCAGCCCAGAACUACACGGCAGGACCUGGUCAAUGACCUGAAGAGAGCUGGCACCACAGUCUCAAAGAAAACCAUUAGUAACACACUACGCCGUCAUGAAUUAAAAUCCUGUAGCGCACGCAAGGUCCCCCUGCUCAAGCCAGCGCAUGUCCAGGCCCGUCUGAAGUUUGCCAAUGACCAUCUGGAUGAUCCAGAGGAGGAAUGGGAGAAGGUCAUGUGGUCUGAUGAGACAAAAAUAGAGCUUUUUGGUCUAAACUCCACUCGCCGUGUUUGGAGGAAGAAGAAGGAUGAGUACAACCCCAAGAACACCAUCCCAACCGUGAGGCAUGGAGGUGGAAACAUCAUUCUUUGGGGAUGCUUUUCUGCAAAGGGGACAGGACGACUGCACCGUAUUGAGGGGAGGAUGGAUGGGGCCAUGUAUCGCGAGAUCUUGGCCAACAACCUCCUUCCCUCAGUAAGAGCAUUGAAGAUGGGUCGUGGCUGGGUCUUCCAGCAUGACAAUGACCCAAAACACACAGCCAGGGCAACUAAGGAGUGGCUCCGUAAGAAGCAUCUCAAGGUCCUGGAGUGGCCUAGCCAGUCUCCAGACCUGAACCCAAUAGAAAAUCUUUGGAGGGAGCUGAAAGUCCGUAUUGCCCAGCGACAACCCCGAAACCUGAAGGAUCUGGAGAAGGUCUGUAUGGAGGAGUGGGCCAAAAUCCCUGCUGCAGUGUGUGCAAACCUGGUCAAGACCUACAGGAAACGUAUGAUCUCUGUAAUUGCAAACAAAGGUUUCUGUACCAAAUAUUAAGUUCUGCUUUUCUGAUGUAUCAAAUACUUAUGUCAUGCAAUAAAAUGCAAAUGAAUUACUUAAAAAUCAUACAAUGUGAUUUUCUGGAUUUUUGUUUUAGAUUCCGUCGCUCACAGUUGAAGUGUACCUAUGAUAAAAAUUACAGACCUCUACAUGCUUUGUAAGUAGGAAAACCUGCAAAAUCGGCAGUGUAUCAAAUACUUGUUCUCCCCACUGUAUAUAUACAUAUAUAUAUAUAUAUAUAUAUAUAUACAUACAUACAUAUACAUAUAUAUAUUUAUACAUACAUACAUAUACAUAUAUAUAUAUAUAGUGCCACUCCUCAGUAAAAGGCACGACAGCCCGUUUGGAGUUUGCCAAAAGGCACCUAAAGACUCUCAGACCAUGAGAAACAAGAUUCUCUGGUCUGAUGAAACCAAGAUUGAACUAUUUGGCCUGAAUGCCAAGCGUCACAUAUGGAGGAAACCUUGCACCAUCCCUACGGUGAAGCAUGGUGGUGGCAGUAUCAUGCUGUGGGGAUGUUUUUCAGCGGCAGGACUGGGAGACUAGUCAGCAUCGAGGCAAUGAUGAACGGAGCAAAGUACAGAGAGAAAACCUGCUCCAGAGCGCUCAGGACCUCAGACUUGGAUAAAGGUUCACCUUCCAACAGGACAACGACCCUAAGCACACAGCCAAGACAACGCAGGAGUGGCUUCGGGACAAGUCUCUGAAUGUCCUUGAGUGGCCCAGCCAAAGCCCGGACUUGAACCUGAUCGAACAUCUCUGGAGAGACAUGAAAAUAGCUGUGCAGCAAUGCUCCCCAUCCAACCUGACAGCGAUUGAGAGGAUGUGCAGAGAAGAUUGGGAGAAACUCCCCAAAAACAGGUGUGCCAAGCUUGUAGCAUCAUACCCAAGAAGAAUCGAGUCUGUAAUCGCAGCCAAAGGUGCUUCAACAAAGUACUGAGUAAAGGGUCUGAAUACUUAUGUAAAUGUAAUAUUUCCGUUUUUUAUUUUUAAUGAAUUAGGACACAUUUCGAAAAACCUCUUUCUGCUUUGUCAUUACGGGGUAUUGUGUGUAGAUUGAAAAAAACUAUUUAAUCAAUUUUAGAAUAUGUCUGUAACGUAACAAAAUGUGGAAAAAGUCAAGGGGUCUGAAUACUUUCCGAAGGCACUGUAUAUACAGUACCAGUCAAAGGUUUGGACACACCUAUUCAUUCAAGGGUUUUUCUUUAUUUUUACUAUUUUCUACAUUGUAGAAUAAUAGUGAAGACAACAAAACUAUGAAAUAACACAUAUGGAAUCAUGUAGUAUCCAAAAAAGUGUUAAACAAAUCAAAAUAUAUUUUAUAUUUGAGAUUCUUCAAAUAGCCACCCUUUUCCUUGAUGACAGCUUUGCACACUCUUGGCAUUCUCUCAACCAGCUUCAUUAGGAAUGCUUUUCAAAACAGUCUUGAAGGAUUUCCCACAUACGCUGAGCACUUGUUGGCUGCUUUUCCUUCACUCUGCGGUCCAACUUAUCCCAAACCAUCUCAAUUGGGUUGAAGUCGGUGAUUGUGGAGGCCAGGUCAUCUGAUGCAGCACUCCAUCACUCUCCUUCUUUGUCAAAUAGCCCUUACAGAGCCUGGAGGUGUGUUGGUUCAUUGUCUUGUUGAAAAACAAAUGAUGUUCCCACUAAGCGCAAACCAGAUGGGAUGGCGUAUCGCUGCAGAAUGCUGUGGUAGCCAUGCUGGUUAAGUGUGCCUUGAAUUCUAAAUAAAUCACUGACAGUGUCACAAGCAAAGCACCACCACACCGUCACACCUCCUCCUACGUGCUUCACAGUGGGAACCACACAUGUGGAGACCAUCCGUUCACCUACUCCGUUCACAAAGACAAGGUGGUUGGAACCAAAAAUCUCACAUUUGGACUCAUCAGACCAAAGGACAGAUUUCCACCGGUCUAAUGUCCAUUGCUCGUGUUUCUUGGCCCAAGCAAGUCUCUUCUUCUUAUUGGUGUCCUUUAGUAGUGGUUUCUUUGCAGCAAUUCUACAAUGAAGGCCUGAUUCACGCAGUCUCUCUGAACAAUUGAUGUUGAGAUGUGUCUGUUACUUGAACUCUAUGAAGCAUUUAUUUGGGCUGCAAUUUCUGAGUCUGGUAACUCUAAUGAACUAAUCCUCUGCAGCAGAGGUAACUCUGGGUCUUCCUUUCCUGUGGCGGUCCUCAUGAGAGCCAGUUUCAUCAUAGCGCUUGAUGGUUUUUGCGACUGCACUUGAAGAAACGUUCAAAGUUCUUGACAUUUUCCGGAUUGACUGACCUUCAUGUCUUAAAGUAAUGAUAGACUGCCGUUUCUCUUUGCCUAUUUGAGCUGUUCUUGCCAUAAUAUUUGUUUUUUUAUAUAUAUAUUUUUUUGUCAUUUAGCAGACGCUCUUAUCCAGAGCGACUUACAGUUAGUGAAUACAUUUUUUUUUUUAUACUGGCCCCCCGUGGGAAUUGAACCCACAACCCUGGUGUUGCAAACUGAGCUACAUCCCUGCCGGCCAUUCCCUCCCCUACCCUGGACCAAUUGUGCGCCGCCCAUGAGUCUCCCGGUCGCGGCCGGCUGCGACAGAGCCUGGAUUCGAACCAGGAUCUCUAGUGGCACAGUUAGCACUGCGAUGCAGUGCCUUAGACCACUGCGCCACUCCAGUAAUAUGGACUUGGUCUUUUACCAAAUAGGGCUAUCUUCUGUAUACCCCCCCCCCUACCUUGUCACAACACAACUGAUUGGCUCAAAUGCAUUAAGAAGGAAAGAAAUUCCACAAAUUAACAAGGUACACCUGUUAAUUGAAAUGCAUUCCAGGUGACUACCUCAUGAAGCUGUUUGAGAGAAUGCCAAAGAGUGUGCAAAGCUGUCAUCAAGGUAAAGGAUGGCUACUUUGAAGAAUCUUAAAUAUAAAAUAUAUAUUUGUUUAACCCUUUUUCAUAGUUUUGAUGUCUUUACUAUUAUUAUACAAUGUAGAAAAUAGUAAAAAUAAAGAAAAACCCUUGAAUGAGUAGGUGUGUCCACACUUUUGACUGGUACUGUAUAUCUUUCUGCCUUUCAGUGUGCCAUCAAUAAUGAGUGUGAUGAGUGUCCUUUUCGACCUCCUUUCGUGUGCAGACUCUAUCAAUCUAUCCACACAGUAUGAUAACUGAUAACCAGAAUCUAGGCCUUAUCCAUAUCCCCCUCUCUCCAGGAGUGUUCACGUUAAGCAUCUAACAGGUAUUUCUCCCUCUCCAGGAGUGUACACGUUCAGCCUCUAACAUGUAUCUCUCGCUCUCUCUCCAGGAGUGUACACUUUCGGGCUGUUCACCGUGGACAUCUUUGUAAACGCGGGCCAGGUGGUGACGGGGAACCUGUCCCCCCACUUCCUGACGGUGUGUAAACCCAACUUCACAGCCCUGGGCUGCCAGCACGCCCUGCGCUACAUCAGCCACCAGGAGGCCUGCACCGGGAAUCAGGAGGAUAUCCUGCGUGCACGCAAAACCUUCCCCUCCAAAGAGGCUGCUCUCAGCGUCUACGCAGCCCUCUAUCUCGCGGUGAGUGGGAACCUAGGAACUAAAGAUACAUGUUUAGUGAGUGAGUGAGUGAGUCCCUGUUACAACUACUCACUAAUGAAAUGUAAUAACUAUUGAAUACAUAUUAGGAUUAUAUAGUUGUAGUAGGAAUACAAAGUAAGCUUUCGGACCUGUACAGACUUCACUGGGACAUCUAGGGGUGAAAGGGUAAUUCCAAGAUUCUGUGAGGGACAGGCUUUAGAACACCUUAAUGAUACAAGUGGAUUUAGUGAGUAGGCCCGAUAGAUGCAGGUCUUGGAUGGGCUGCUAUUCAGCUGUUUCUUUGAUGGCUAUGAGUCAGAUUAGAUGCGAAGAACGCUGCAGAAUAUAUCCUGGUAGUCUCUAAACCUGUAUAAUCUGUUAAUCAAUUCUUGUCAGAUUGGACUAGACUGUCGUGUCUCAUAAUCUUGUUUUCGUUUUGGACUCUGGUUUCGAGUCACAGCCUUUCAUUGGUCGAAGAGUGUCUGCUGGUAAGAUGCAAUUGUUUGAAGAUUUCAUAUUUGAUAUUUCACUUUUUUUUAUCAAAUUUGUUCCAUCACCUACACAGUAUGUAGAUCUACUUUCUCUAUAUGGUUUUGGACUGAAGCUUUGCUUUUAAUCUGGCUGGUAGAUUUACAUAGAAAUUGACAUCUCCAAGUCUCUAAACAGUUCUGUCUUUUUGUCCAGCUGCUGAUAUGCGUAUAGAUGGAUUUCUCCAAGUCUCUGAGAUGUUCUGCUGGAGGAGUAUGUACAGUGACCUCCAAAACUAUUGCCACCCUUGAUAAAGAUGAGCAAAAAAGACUGUAUAAAAUAAAUAAUACAAAUACCGAGCUAUAUUGUAUGCUCAGGGUUGGGUUGUAAUGGAUUACAUGUAACAGGCAUUACAUGAUCCGAUUACAAAAAUGAAGUAACUGUAAUCAGCCGGGGGAAAAACAAUAGGAUUACAGUUACAUUCUUAAAAACAGCUGAUUACAUUUGGGAUGACUUUAUCAAAUAACAAGAGGACAUUUGAUAAAACUUUGUUAGCUCUGCUGUCAUUUAGCGCACCAUCAAGACUUCUCACAUGCACUCAGAGAUUCUAUUGUCCUGCUGAUGGCCCACUAACCCUUGGCCUACAAUGGUCGCGCCCCUGCGGAAAUCCAAUUAACAUAAUACAAAAAUCCUCAUCAAAAUCCGUCUGUUUAUACUAGGGAUAUGUGGUUUUUUGCAUGGGCUGCGUCUCAAUCCACUGCAUCCACUGAUAAUGCCCUUCCGCAUCUGUGGUGAAAGGUGGCAGAGCUAGAGGGGUGUUUGUCAGACCAUGAGACAUCUCACGGAAAUCUCUGUAGCUUCUGAAACUAUUAUGACCACUCUAUUGAAAGCUGAGACUCUCACGAACACGAUGGUGUUCUCCGUCUUGCUCUAGGAUGCCCACAAGCCUCACAAGCCUCAUCUGAAGGUCCUGACUAUAUGGAGAUAGUUUAGUGCCUAAAAUAAGGGGAUAAAUACAUAAAAUAUAUAUAGUUUCCUGCAGGGGCGGUGUGUUCAAUAGGGCGAUAUGGGCGACGCACUGCCAAACGGGAAAAGGAAGGGAUUUUUUUUCUAAUCAAUUAUAUCACGGCAACAGUAGUUAUCAGUGUUCUAAUCUGAUCUGACUGCCACUAAAUGUCCAAUCAGGCUAAAGUCGUGCUUCAAAUGCCCCCCCCCCCCCCCCCCCCCCCUUUUGGGGCGAUUUCAGUCAGGUUGAAAAUCGCCCAGAAGUCUGUCAUAGACUCCCAUGUAAAAUCUAUUUUUUUCAAAUUUCAGAGCUUUCAAUACAAUCUCUAUGGGUUUCUGAGGGCUUGCACUUACGCGCUUUCGUCAUACGUAACGUAACCAUGAACGUAACUAAGAAAAUAGCGGGUAGCAGCGUCUCUGUUGCGACCUGCAGUGUGGCGUUAUCUUAUGUUUUUAAUUUGUACACUUAGUGGCGUUAUUUUAUGUUUUUAAUUUGUACACUUAGUUUACACACAUUCUGCCAACCAUGGAUUUCCAGUGGUGGGUUUUGGACUGAUCUUGUUGAUCGUGUACAUACCCGCUACGAACGGACUAAAUAAUGAAAACGCUGCUGGCAGCGGAAUCCAAUACAGCAGAACAAACUUCCCUUACCCACCACCUUGCUGAUUAAUGCCCAGUCACUGAGGGGGAAAGCGGAUGAGUUGUCAGCGAAUCUGCGCUUCCAACACGAAUAUCGGGAGGCCUGUUUGCUGGCAUUUACUGAGACUUGGCUGGAUGACAGAGUCCCGGACAGAGAAGUGGAGCCGGCCGGCUUCACCCUGGUCAGAGCGGACCGCGAUCUGACAGUCACAGGGAAAAUCGAUCCUGGUAAGAGAGCGACUCUGUACCCCCGACAUUGAACUGCUUUCUGUGUCACUGCGACCUUACUAUCUGCCCCGUGAGUUCCCCCAAUUGUUUGUUACCGUUGUGUACAUUCAACCAAAAGCUAAUAUAACAAAGGCAUCAGAGAUUAUUUAUAAUCUGUCACAGAAACUGGAAUCCAUCUCCCCAGAUCAGUCAAUAAAUGCUUCUGGUAUUGAUUUAUAUGCUGCCCCUGUCUUCAUGUUGUUGCUGGACAUAUCUUUUUUAAAAUGUGUGUAGGUCACCUAAAUCAUCAGAAAAAUUGCCCCCCCUAAGAAUUUUUUCAGGAGCCGCCACUGGUUUCCUGAUCUUGCUUAUGUCUCUCAGCUAUAGGACAGACACUUCAGAACAAACUUCCUUUAGAUUUUUUGGGGGACUAUCUGUUGUUUCAUGUAGUGAAUCUGUUAUUCAAUGUGUUUCUAUUGGCUAAUAGCAGUAAUACCAAAUUCAAUGUUUCAUCAAAUCAUUUUUUUAGAUUUGUUUUUAUACCUUGAGGGGUCUUAAAAUUUAAAAUCAAGCUAAAAUAUCCUUGGUAUGACCAUCUUAAAACAAUUUCAUGAAAGCUUAGAACCCCCCCCCCCCCCCCCCCCCCCCCCCAGAGGGUUAAGGGUGGAUUGUUUAUUUUGCAUUCAAACUGGUUGAAUUAAUAAUCUUGGUUACCCAGAAGUAAAAAUAUCUUGCGAAAGUUUGUCAUUUCCUGCUUUACUUCAGGGGGGAAUGCCGUUAGCAAUUGUGAUUACUUUUGUGCAAAGGAAGGAAGCGAAGUCUCCCACGCAAACAGAAACUCUCGGCCAAACCCCUUCCUUCUGCUAAUUUCACCCGUGUUUAUCAUGGCCAAAAAGCUAAUUUUUGUUUUCAUGAAUUGUUAAGAUAUAGCCAAUUUUGACUUUGUGGCUGUGGAAUCUAGUGGAAACCGUUGAUCAUCCUCACGCAGGCUUGAAAAUCAUCACACCAGUUUAAGCAACGCCUUCUCCCAAACCUGACUCAUCCAAAUAAACAAUGACGAAAACCCAAAACCAGGAACUACUACUGCUCGUAUUCACACAAUUCUACAUGAGCCUUGACAGAUUCUCACCAUUUCAUCUGUCCACGAGAGAUUAAAUGAAUAGGUUAAAGUUCCAAACUAUUUAUACAGUGGGGGAAAAAAAGUAUUUAGUCAGCCACCAAUUGUGCAAGUUCUCCCACUUAAAAAGAUGAGAGAGGCCUGUAAUUUUCAUCAUAGGUACACGUCAAAUAUGACAGACAAAUUGAGGAAAAAAAUUCCUGAAAAUCACAUUGUAGGAUUUUUUAUGAAUUUAUUUGCAAAUUAUGGUGGAAAAUAAGUAUUUGGUCACCUACAAACAAGCAAGAUUUCUGGCUCUCACAGACCUGUAACUUCUUCUUUAAGAGGCUCCUCUGUCCUCCACUCGUUACCUGUAUUAAUGGCACCUGUUUGAACUUGUUAUCAGUAUAAAAGACACCUGUCCACAACCUCAAACAGUCACACUCCAAACUCCACUAUGGCCAAGACCAAAGAGCUGUCAAAGGACACCAGAAACAAAAUUGUAGACCUGCACCAGGCUGGGAAGACUGAAUCUGCAAUAGGUAAGCAGCUUGGUUUGAAGAAAUCAACUGUGGGAGCAAUUAUUAGGAAAUGGAAGACAUACAAGACCACUGAUAAUCUCCCUCGAUCUGGGGCUCCACGCAAGAUCUCACCCCGUGGGGUCAAAAUGAUCACAAGAACGGUGAGCAAAAAUCCCAGAACCACACGGGGGGACCUAGUGAAUGACCUGCAGAGAGCUGGGACCAAAGUAACAAAGCCUACCAUCAGUAACACACUACGCCGCCAGGGACUCAAAUCCUGCAGUGCCAGACGUGUCCCCCUGCUUAAGCCAGUACAUGUCCAGGCCCGUCUGAAGUUUGCUAGAGUGCAUUUGGAUGAUCACGAAGAGGAUUGGGAGAAUGUCAUAUGGUCAGAUGAAACCAAAAUAGAACUUUUUGGUAAAAACUCAACUCGUCGUGUUUGGAGGACAAAGAAUGCUGAGUUGCAUCCAAAUAACACCAUACCUACUGUGAAGCAUGGGGGUGGAAACAUCAUGCUUUGGGGCUGUUUUUCUGCAAAGGGACCAGGACGACUGAUCCGUGUAAAGGAAAGAAUGAAUGGAGCCAUGUAUCGUGAGAUUUUGAGUGAAAACCUCCUUCCAUCAGCAAGGGCGUUGAAGAUGAAACGUGGCUGGGUCUUUCAGCAUGACAAUGAUCCCAAACACACCGCCCGGGCAACAAAGGAGUGGCUUCGUAAGAAGCAUUUCAAGGUCCUGUAGUGGCCUAGCCAGUCUCCAGAUCUCAACCCCAUAGAAAAUCUUUGGAGGGAGUUGAAAGUCUGUGUUGCCCAGCGACAGCCCCAAAACAUCACUGCUCUAGAGGAGAUCUGCAUGGAGGAAUGGGCCAAAAUACCAGCAACAGUGUGUGAAAACCUUGUGAAGACUUACAGAAAACGUUUGACCUGUGUCAUUGCCAACAAAGGGUAUAUAACAAAGUAUUGAGAAACUUUUGUUAUUGACCAAAUACUUAUUUUCCACCAUAAUUUGCAAAUAAAUUCAUAAAAAAUCCUACAAUGUGAUUUUCUGGAUUUUUUUUCCUCAUUUUGUCUGUCAUAGUUGACGUCUGUCAUAGUUGACGUGUACCUAUGAUGAAAAUUACAGGCCUCUCUCAUCUUUUUAAGUGGGAGAACUUGCACAAUUGGUGGCUGACUAAAUACUUUUUUCCCCCACUGUACGUGGCCCACUAGUCAAUCAGACAGUCGUUUGGACUCUAUCGAGUUCCUACUUGCUGCUUUGCAGCAUUGUGCUUUCACUCUCUCUCCUUUGUGUGCACCGAGUAGUGGGAAAGAAAAAUGCUUUAUGAUUGAGUAAUAUUUCAAAAAACCCUGUCUUGUAAGCAGUCAUUGACACUUUUGAAGAGAGCAUAUAGAAAUCGUGGCCGUAAUUGAAGCCAUUUUUAAGUGUAAUGCAGUUGAUUGGUGACAAUGACAUGAACAUGUAUUGCGGUUGACAUAAUUACAAGCAUUAUACUCCGAUUUCUACCCACUAGUUUGAAAUACAUUAUUAUAAACAAUAGCUUAAAUGUAGGCUAAUUUUGAUGGGGGACAAUGAGGCGAUUCUGAAUCUUUCCCCCACGAGGAGGAACCAAUAAUUUGUAUAAACUCUGGAUGACUGACAGGGUGCGCUGUAUUGAAGCCACCACACAGCCAUCUUGGUACUCCUGAAGGCUAGUCAAAGGCUGCUCAUGGCUCACAUCAUCCCAGACACACUUGACCCACUCCAAUUCGCAUACUGCCCCAACAGAUCCACAGAUGACGCAAUCUCUAUUGCACUCCACACUGCCCUCACCCAUCUGGACAAAACAAAUACCUAUGUAAGAAUGCUGUUCAUUGACUACAGCUCAGCAUUCAACACCAACCAUAGUCCCCUCCACCAAAUGUAAACGCCUGGAGUUUGCACAUCAGUGGUGGGUUUGGCAUCGAAAGAAGGAUGCAUAUGAAGAAAAUAACCUCAUGCCUACUGUAAAAUAUGGUGGUGGAUCGUUGAUGUUAUGGGGCUGUUUUUCUUCCACUGGUCCUGGGGCAAUUGUUAAGGUCAAUGGCAUCAUGAACUCUACCAAGUACCAAUAUAUUUUUGCCAAAAACCUGGUUGCCUCUGCCACGAGGCUGAAACUUGGCCGCAAAUUACACAAAGCACACAUCAAAAUCCACCAAGAAAUUGUUAAUUGACCACAUAAUCAAAAAAAAAAAAAUGUCCAUCUCAGUCUCUGGACUUAAACCCCAUUGAAAACCUGUGGUUUGAAUUGAAGAGGGCAGUCCAUAAGCGCAGACCGAAGGAUAUCAAGGAUCUGUAAAGAUUCUGUAUGGAGGAAUGGUCUAAGAUCUUUCCCAAUGUGUUCUCCAAUCUCAUAAAACAGAAGAAAAAGGUGCCGAUAUCAUCGCAAGGGGAGGGUGCACAAAGCAUUGUAAUUUUGACACCUAUCUAUUUUUAUUCAUUACUUGUUAAAUAAAAUCUAUUUCUCUGAGCAAUUGUAUAAGUAUAAAAUAUUAUAAUUUCCCAAUAAAUAAUACAAAUAGCUCAUGUAUUUUUUGCUCAUCUUUAUCAAGGGUGCCAAUAAUUUUGGAGGUGACUGUAUACACAUCUGACUAGCCUGCAGUAGUAGUGACAUCAUCAUCAGCCUUGGCUGCCUGUGUUUGGAAUGCAGAUGUGCAGGCAAGAAGGCAGGCACAGAAGGCAGCAUAGGAUCAGAUUCUGUUCAUCAGCUCCAAUAAGCCCAAACACAGAAGCCAGAAAGCAGAAAGCACUUGUCUACUGCACGCACGCACGUACACACUACAGUUGAGGAACAAUGGGAAAGUAAUUGCUGCUUUGAAAGUUGAUAAACUUGUAAGCUCACUUUUGAGAAAAUGGCCCUUGAAUGUUUUGGUACCUACUGGAGAGCUCUUCUUUGUCUAAAUGUUACAUUUACAUUUUAGUCAUUUAGCAGACGCUCUUAUCCAGAGCGACUUACAGUUAGUGAGUGCAUACAUUUUCAUACUGGCUACACCCAUUCAGCAUCGUUCACACCCUCUUAAAACCUUUAGCCCCACCCAUCUCUUUAAGGAUUCACAUGUGAGGCUAUGUACUAAACAACCAAAGAUUUCAAGACUAAAGGCUGGCUUAUACCACGGGUGAGUUCGUAAAUGUAAUCUGGAGUGCCAGAGUGUGCUCUGGGCAUUCAUAAACUCAGAGCGUUGUCAGAUUGGUGUUCGUAAAUUCAGAGCGUUUCGCUCUCCGAGCGUUCAGAGCACACACUGGACGCUCUGGCCGAAAAGUUGGGUUGAUCCGAGCGCUCUGACCUAACAACAGCUGUCAAGCACCCAAGCUAACUGGCUAAUGUUGGCUAGCUUGCGAGCUACUUCCAGACACAAAUGAGAGAACAGCUCACUCUGACCAUUUUACUUGCCCUAGCAGAGCUGGUUAGGCUGUUUUUAUGUUAUCCAGAGCGUUGGUGACUGCAACUGUGCUGUUGGCAACAAUUUCAUUAUGCUUUUUUGCCAACGUUUACUGACACCGGCCAUAUUCAACGGGUGUUGAGCGUUCAUAAAUUUGCUCAGACGAGAGUGCUCUGAAAUCUGAGUAGAUAGCCAGAGCAAAUUUACCAGCUACGUCUAUUGACAGUUGUUGCAGUGACAUCAUAAACAUUCUAUUGAAAUAGUUACUUGCAUAGUGGAGUCUUUUGUUUAGACAUGUAGCUAGCUAGCUAAACAAUGAACGAUAAUCCCAACUCAUAACGUUACUACCCUGCAAUAAUCUGCAGUUAGCUAACCAACCAGGUUCAAUGUUAGCUAGCUAACAUUAGGCUAUAACUAGCAAUGCACAUGGCUCUGAGAUACAAAUAAUAUUACUACACAGAUCAUACACGUAACGUUAGCUAACAGUACACUUGAAAUGAAAAGGACUUUCUGACAAAAUUAGAAACGUGUAAUAUCUGACUCUCUUACCCGUAUACAUGGAUGGACACUUCUCCCUCUCUGUCACGGAUGCCAUGGUUGCCCUUAGUUUGAAGAUAUAAUCUGUGUUCUCUUUUCGACUCCGUCUGCAUAUUUGCAAUGAAACGCCAGAAUUGUCUCCAUCUCCUUAGCUAUCAUACUCUAAUUCCAUUGAUUUCAAAACUCAAUCCUCCAGAAAGUGGAGAGCAACACUUAUGCAGUUCUACUAUGUGAUAUCUUUAAAAAAAAGCUGUGUUACGAAGGAUUACCUACACAUACUGACCAGCUCAUAUUAUAGACAGAAGCGAGCUACAUGGCAGACCAAUCCGAACUCAUCUCUCAGCAUGUCCAGCCCACUCAUUAUCUCAGCCAAUCAUGGCUAGCGGGAAGGUUGCUGUCUUUUUCCAUAGCUAAACCAACUAGGCUCGUAAUUUAACAAUUUUAUUCAUAUUUACAGAUGGCAUACAAGUUUGUUAUUAAGGCACAUGAAAGUUCACAUGUUCCAGAAGGCAUUUCUGCCUAAAAACACAUUGUAAUAAAUAAAUAAAAUGUUUACGUUCAAAUGGUGCUCUUGUGAAGUAGUGACGCGUGACAUAUGAAUAGUUUCCUGAAACGAGUCACAUAUAUAGUACACUACUUUUUACCAGGGCACUAUGUAGGAAAUAGGGUGCAUUUUGGGAUGCAGACUGAAUCUGGAAAUAUUUCAGGAACAGCCCACAUGAAAAAAUACUAUAGUAUUCACUGUAGUGUUUUUGCAGACUUUUCUGUAGUAUUCACUGUAGUAUUUUUGUGAACUAAAGUCAGCAAACACACUACAGUGAAUACUGUAGUAUUUACUUUAGUAUACUGUAGUAUUUACUUUAGUAUACUGUAGUAUUUACAGUUAAUGCUUGUAUAAAUACUCUGGUAAAAGAAAACAGUAGUGAAAACAGUAAAAUUAAUGUAGUGUUUUUGGAGAUUGUAGUAUACUGUAGUAUUUACUUUGGUGUUUUUGCGGACAUUACUGUAGUAUUUACUGUAGUGUUUUUGUUUUAUUAUCUUUGACAUAGAGGUGGAGGCUUCCUCCUUGAGGAAACCUACUGGAGAAAUACUAAAAGAGCACAUUUUCCAAAACCUGUAGGUAGGACUGGGGUCUGAACGGAUAGUUCAGAGCCUCUACUCUUUUCUAUAACCUGUAGGGAACACAAUAUAUGGUCUAUAGGUUUCUCACUUAUAGGUGUCACCAAUUGGGAUAUGUGAUAGGGGAAUGGGCAGGGUAUAUGCACAUUAAAAACUGUAGUAUUUACUAUAGUUUUAAAAAGUAGAGUGUUUUUGCGGACUGUAGUGUUUUUGUGGACAUUACUGUAGUAUUUACUAUAGUGUUUUUGCGGAUAAUACUGUAGUAUUUAUAUAAUAUUCUACAGUAUACUACAACAUUCUAUAGUAAGAACUACACAUGAUCAAGGAACACUUCAGUGUGUAGUAUAGUAUUCAUCCGUAUAUUACAGUUUACUACAGAAUACUAUAGUAAGUACUGUAGUAUUCUCUAGUAAACUGUAGUAUUUCAUGUGGGAUGGUUAAUAUAUCCAACAUGACAGCAGAUCAUGACAAACAUAUUGAUAUACCGUAUAUUUUUUAAAAUCUUGGCUACGAAUUCUUUGGCUACGAGGAAGACUGGAGUAGGACUUUAAAGGGAAAACUGAUCCUAGAUCAGCACUCAUACACUGAGACACCAUGUGAAUAUGAGUCCCGUUCAGAGGACCACAGUCUGAUGGCAGUGUCUUUCAUAAGGAACGACGUCACUGCAGCCUACAGCUACAGGGGAAUACACUUCCCAGAUCAAACUCUGUCAGAUUUCCUUAUCUCUGAUGUGUUAGAUAAUCUUAAGGUUUACAGUACCUUCAGAACGUUCACACUUCUUGACUUUUUCCACAUUUUGUUGUGUUACAAAGUGGGAUUAAAAUUUAUGCAAUUGUAAUUUUUUUGUCAAUGAUUUACACAAAAUACUGUGUAAUGUGAAAGUGGAAGAAAAAUUCUAACAUAUUUAAAAAAUAUAAAAAAAAUAAAACACUAUUAUAUCGUUAUCCUUUUAAAAAUUCUUCAAGAUCUGUCAAUUUGGUUGUUGAUCGUUGCUAGACAACCAUUUUAAAGUCUUGCCAUAGAUUUUCAAGCCAAUUUAAGUCAAAACUGUAACUAGGCCAAUCAGGAACAUUCAAUGUCAUCUUGGUAAGCAACUCCAGUGGUCCUCUGUAGCUCAGCUGGUAGAGCAUGGCGCUUGUAACGCCAGGGUAGUGGGUUCAAUCCCCAGGACCACCCAUACACACACAAAAAAAAUGUAUGACUGUAAGUUGCUUUGGAUAAAAGCGUCUGCUAAAUGGCUUAUUAUUUGGCCUUGUGUUUUAGGGAGUCCUGCUGAAAGGUGAAUUUGUCUCCCAGUGUCUGUUGGAAAGCAUACUGAAUCAAUUUUUCCUCUAGGAUUUUGCCUGUGCUUAGCUCUAUUCCAUUUAUUUUUAUCCUAAAAAACUCCCUAGUCCUUGCCAAUGACAAUCAUACCCAUAACAUGAUGCAGCCACCACCAUGCUUGAAAAUAUGAAAAGUGGUACUCAGUGAUGUGUUGUGUUGGAUUUGCCCCAAACAUAUCGCUUUGUAUUCAGGACAAAAAGUUCAUUUCUUAGCAUAUUGUUUUGCAGUAUUACUUUUGUGCCUUAUUGGAAACGGGAUGCAUGUUUUGGAAUAUUUUUAUUCUGUACAGGCUUCCUUCUUUUCACUCUGUCAUUUAUGUUAGUAUUGUGGAGUAACUACAAUGUUGUUAAUCCAUCCAGCCAUUAAACUCUGUAACUGUUUUAAAAUCCCCUUUGGCAUCAUUGAGGAAAUCCCUUAGCGGUUUCCUUCCUCUCUGGAAACUGAGUUAGGAAGGGCCUCUGUAUCUUUUUUGUGACUGGGCGUAUUGAUGCACCAUCCAAAGUGUAAUUAAUAACGGCACAAUGCUCAAAGGAAUAAUCAAUGCCUGCUUCUUUUUUUUUACCCAUCUACCAAUAGGUGCCUUUCUUUGCGAACCAUUUGAAAACCUCCUUGGUCUUUGUGGUUGAAUCUGUGUUUGGAUUUCACUGCUCGACUGAGGGAUCUUGCAGAUAAUUGUAUGUGUGGGGUAAAGAGCUGGGAUAGUCAUUUAAAAAGUCCAUGCAACCUAUUAUGUGACUUGUUAAGCACAUUUUUACUCCCGAACUUAUUUAGGCUUGCCAUAACAAAAGGGUUGAAUACUUAUUGAGUCAAGACAUUUCAGCUUUUCAUUUUUAAUUAAUAUGUAAACAUUUUUAAAAACAUAAUUCCACUUUCACAUUAUGGGGUAUUGUGUGUAGGCCAGUAACCACAAAAUCUCAAUUUAAUAAGUUAAAUUCAGGCUAUUAAACAACAGAAUGUGAUUCGUUUCAGGAAAAACUAGGCGUAUAUUGCCUGGCUGGGCUGAUGAGACAGUGGAUUGCGCAGUGAGAUGGAACAGAGUAAAUAGGCAUUUCAACAUCAUAGUUUUAGCCGCUGGUAAUUUGUGGAAUAGACACCGGCUGGAAUGCAGUUUUAACCAAUCAGCAUCCAGGAUUAGACACACCCAUUGUGUAAUGUUUAGCUAGCUAGCUACAUGUCUAAACAAAAGACUCCACUAUGCAAGUAACCAUUUCACUGUACCGUUUACACCUUCUGUAUCCUGUGCAUGUGACAAAUAAAUCUUGAUUUUAUUUGAUAUAGUGUGUGUUUAGCAGAGACGGUAAUGUGAAGAACAACAUGACCUGCACCAAAGCCAAAUUAGGAUAUAACGUCAGGCCACACUCACAACCGUAAGCUAUUUUCUGUAAUUAGCUUGCCAUUAACUUGUAAAGAAUGAGCUUGUAGGUUUAUUUUCCUGUAAUAACGAAUACAAAUUAGCUUAAUUUAAGAGUUUGUCAGCUUAUGAUGUGGUCAUUAUUUGAACUGGCUAGCCAGCUAACUUAACAUUAGCUAGCUAUCUAGCUAACAAGCUAGAAACGAACCAAAACAUUGUUUAGAAAGUUGCUUUUAGUUGCCUGGUUUUCUAGAUUGACAUAUACUAAAUACAUUUUUAAAUGGAUGGGUUUAUUGGUGUUAAAAUACACCAGUUAUACUAUUUUGGACCACCAGGCUGCUGAUGUCAUGCAGCCUGUCAUUUUUGUGUUUCUACUUUUUCAUAACGACAACGACAAGUUUGAUGUCGGACGACAGUAGAAUGUUCAUGAUGUCACUGCGCCAACUGUCUACAGACAUGUCGAUAGACGUACUGUAGUAUAAACCAGCCUUAGUCUUGAAAUCUUUGGUUGUUUACUACACUACCAUACUCACUCUGUAUAGCACAUGUAGGUGUACCAAAAACAUUCAAGGGCCAUUUUCUCAAAAGUGGGGUUACAAGUUUAUCAACUUUCAAAGCAGAAUUACUUUUCCAUUGUUCAUCAACUGUAGUUGUAAAAAACACAUUUCAAAUGUUGCUACAUAAGACCAAAUCGAGCCACGUCGGUCACAAAUGUGGAUCAGCUUUAAUAUUGCAGAUAGAUUGUAACUUCCAUCAAUGUAAUUGUCUGCAUCACUUCCAAUCCCCCAUAUGUUUUUUUUUCUAGCAAAUAUAUAUAUAUAUAUAUAUAUAUAUAUAUAUAUAUAUAUAUAUAUAUAUAUAUACACAUAUAUAUAUAUACACAUAUAUAUAUAUACAUACACAUAUACAUAUAUAUAUAUACACUGCCGAUUUUACAGGUUUUCCUACUUACAAAGCAUGUAGAGGUCUGUAAUUUGUAUCAUAGGUACACUUCAACUGUGAGAGACGGAAUCUUUAACAAAAAUCCAGAAAAUCACAUUGUAUGAUUUUUAAGUAAUUCAUUUGCAUUUUAUUGCAUGACAUAAGUAUUUGAUCACCUACCAACCAGUAAGAAUUCCGGCUCUCACAGACCUGUUCGUUUUUCUUUAAGAAGCCCUCCUGUUCUCCACUCAUUACCUGUAUUAACUGCACCUGUUUGAACUCGUUACCUGUAUAAAAGACACCUGUCCACACACUCAAUCAAACAGACUCCAACCUCUCCACAAUGGCCAAGACCAGAGAGCUGUGUAAGGACAUCAGGGAUAAAAUUGUAGACCUGCACAAGGCUGGGAUGGGCUACAGGACAAUAGGCAAGCAACUUGGUGAGAAGGCAACAACUGUUGGCGCAAUUAUUAGAAAAUGGAAGAAGUUCAAGAUGACGGUCAAUCACCCUCGGUCUGGGGCUCCAUGCAAGAUCUCACCUUGUGGGGCAUCAAUGAUCAUGAGGAAGGUGAGGGGUCAGCCCAGAACUACACGGCAGGACCUGGUCAAUGACCUGAAGAGAGCUGGGACCACAGUCUCAAAGAAAACCAUUAGUAACACACUACGCCGUCAUGGAUUAAAAUCCUGCAGCGCACGCAAGGUCCCCCUGCUCAAGCCAGCGCAUGUCCAGGCCCGUCUGAAGUUUGCCAAUGACCAUCUGGAUGAUCCAGAGGAGGAAUGGGAGAAGGUCAUGUGGUCUGAUGAGACAAAAAUAUAGCUUUUUGGUCUAAACUCCACUCGCCGUGUUUGGAGGAAGAAGAAGGAUGAGUACAACCCCAAGAACACCAUCCCAACCGUGAAGCAUGGAGGUGGAAACAUCAUUCUUUGGGGAUGCUUAUCUGCAAAGGGGACAGGACGACUGCACCGUAUUGAGGAGAGGAUGGAUGGGGCCAUGUAUCGCGAGAUCUUGGCCAACAACCUCCUUCCCUCAGUAAGAGCAUUGAAGAUGGGUCGUGGUUGGGUCUUCCAGCAUGACAACGACCCGAAACACACAGCCAGGGCAACUAAGGAGUGGCUCCGUAAGAAGCAUCUCAAGGUCCUGGAGUGGCCUAGCCAGUCUCCAGACCUGAACCAAAUAGAAAAUCUUUGGAGGGAGCUGAAAGUCCGUAUUGCCCAGCGACAGCCCCGAAACCUGAAGGAUCUGGAGAAGGUCUGUAUGGAGGAGUAGGCCAAAAUCCCUGCUGCAGUGUGUGCAAACCUGGUCAAGACCUACAGGAAACGUAUGAUCUCUGUAAUUGCAAACAAAGGUUUAUGUACCAAAUAUUAAGUUCUGCUUUUCUGAUGUAUCAAAUACUUAUGUCAUGCAAUAAAAUGCAAAUGAAUUACUUAAAAAUCAUACAAUGUGAUUUUCUGGAUUUUUUUAUUUAUUCUGUCUCUCACAGUUGAAGUGUACCUAUGAUAAAAAUUACAGACCUCUACAUGCUUUGUAAGUAGGAAAACCUGCAAAAUCGGCAGUGUAUCAAAUACUUGUUCUCCCCACUGUACAUAUCCUUUUUUAAAUAAUAUUUCCCUUCAUUACUUUCCAACCCCACCACCCCUUCCCUAAUUGGAGUAAACUAGUGAACAACAAUGCUUAGGCCUCUACUUCCAUAUUAUACAUACUAUAUACCUUUUAUGGACACGGUCAAAUUUUACAAUAAUUAUAUUUUGUUUGUUUUUACUCCUGAACUUCCUCUGAUCAUUUUCAUGAUGUCCAUCUGGUUUGCUUCUAUAUGCCAUAUUUUUCUAACUGUGCUCUUUCACAAAAGCUCUCAACCUAUAACCUAUAUAGUUAUUAUGGAUACAGUGUGCUUUACAUUAGUUAUCUUGUUGUUAUUAGUUGUUGUUAGUUGUUAUUAGUCCCAUCCUUCAGCUCCAUUCAACACCUCCCGAUCUAAUGAUUCUGUCUCUUCGCAGCAAAAUCUGCAGAGCUGCGAAGAUUGUAUCCCCCAUACAAAUAACAUUCUAUUGGUAGCAAGAAUUUUAUAUAAUAAUUUAAAUGGAAAAAUUCUAAGUUUUGAAUCCGGCGUCGUUUUGUGUAUCAGUUCAUAAAAACUAUGCCAUCGAAUCGGUACGUCAAAAAUCUCUUCCCAACUAUUUUGCAAUCUAUAUGGGACAGCUGUCAAUCCUUUGGUCCUUAAAUGAAACUGGUAAAACAUUUUAUUUAUCACAAUUUUCUUUAACCAAUUAAGUUCUUUAAUGCAAGGCCGACAGACAAGUUCCUUACUUUUUCCCCCUUCCACUUUCCUCUUCCAUUUUUGCUGUAAUGCUGCAAUUAUUUUGUUUUAAUUUUGGGUAGAGCAGAUAUUUCCAUAUGUUUUUGUUAGCUGCGUGUGUGACAUAACUCCACCAUUCCUACCGAUAAUAUAAUUUACAAAGAUUAUACCUUUUUAAACAUUUUGUCAGAAAAAAAUGUUUUUUUUAAUCAAUUAGUAUAUUUGAGUUUAACCACAAUAUUUGUUGCAAUAUUUGUUCUGUCGUUUCUGGAGGAUUAAAUUGAAAUUGCAACCAACUUUCUAUGGCUUGUUUUAGAAAUAGUGAUAUUUUGGGGCUUAUUUCCUUUUCAAAUAACUGAAAGUGAGAGGUUGUAAUCUGAAUAAAGGGAAAAAGGCCAUUCUUGAACAUUGGGUGAGACAAUCUCACUAAUUUGCUAGAGAACCAUUUCGGAUUUAAGUAUAACUUUUGUAUGACUGAAGCAUUUAGUGAUAGGUCUAAUGCUUUAAUAUUUAAUAAUUUCUGUCCUCCGAAUUCAUAUUCAUUAUAUAAAUAGGCCUGUUUAAUUUUGUGUGGCUUGCCGUUCCAAAUAAAAUGGAAUAUUUUUUUCUCAUAUAAUUUAAAAAACUGUUCGCUAGGCGUAGGCAAGACCAUAAGCAAAUAGGUAAACUGGGAUAAUACUAAAGAGUUAAUCAGGGUGAUUUUUCCACAAAUUGACAGGUAUUUACCUUUCCAUGGUAGCAAGAUCUUAUCUAUUUUUGCUAACCUUCUAUUAAAAUGUAUUGGAGUGAGAUCAUUUAUUUAAUUUGGGAUAUGUAUUCCGAGUAUAUCCACAUCGCCAUCAGACAAUUGUAUUGGUAAACUACAUGGUAAUGUAACAUUUUUAUUUUUUUGUGAUCCAAUACGUAAUAUAGUACAUUUAUCAUAAUUUGGUUGUAAUCCAGAGAGGUUAGAAAAUGUAUCUAGAUCCUCUAUGAGGCUGUGGAGGGAUUCAAGUUGUGGAUUUAAAAGAAAACAUGAAUCAUCAGCGUACAAUGACACCUUUGUUUUUAAGCCCUGGAUUUCUAAUCCCUUGAUAUUAUUGUUGGAUCUGAUUUUAAUAGCUAACAUUUCGGUGGCCAUAAUAAAUAGAUAUGCCGAUAGUGGACAAUCUUGUUUCACUCCUCUUGACAGUUUAAAACUUUCUGAGAAAUAGCCAUUAUUAACUAUUUUACACCUAGGGUUACUAUACAUGAUUUUAACCCAAUUUAUAAGAGAUUGUCCAAAACUGAAAUGCUCCAGGCAUUUAUAUAUAAACCCCAGUCGUACUUUAUCAAAUGCCUUUCGAAGUCUGCUAUGAAUAGCAGGACUGGUUUCACAGAUUUUUCAUAGUGUUCUAUUGUUUACAGUACUUGCCUUAUAUUAUAUCCAAUGUAUCGCCCAUGUAAAAAACCUGUCUGAUUAGAAUUAAUAAUGUCCGACAAUACCUUUUUAAUUCUAUGCGCUAUACAUUUUGCAACACUGAAGUGUAAGGGGCCUCCAAUUUUAUUAAUGGACUGGAUCUUUAUAUUUUCCACUAGUAUCCUGUUUCAGUAAUAAUGAAAUCAGACCUUCUUCGUGAGUGUCUGAUAAUCUACCAUUUACAUAGGAGUGGUUAAAACAUGCUAAUAACGGUCCUCCGAGUAUAUCAAAAAAGGUUUGGUAUACCUCGACUGGUAUGCCAUCCAACCCUGGAGUUUUCCCGGACUUAAAGUCUUUAAUUGCAUCCAGAAGUUCCUCCUCUGUAAUUUCACCUUCACAUUAGUCUUUCUGUAUAGCUGUUAAUUUUACAUUAUCAAUAGAAAAAAAAUCUCUACAAUUUGCUUCAGUUAGAGGAGAUGGCGGUGACUGAAACGAAAACAUAUGCUUAAAGUACUUUGUUUCCUCCUUCAAAAUAUAAUUUGGUGAAUCAUGGGUGACUCCGUCAUUUGUACCCAGUUUCAGUAAAUUAUUUUUGGUAGCAUUCCUAUGUUGAAGAUUAAAAAAUAAUUUGGUGCAUUUUUCCCCAUAUUCCAUCCAGUUUGCUUUAUUCUUUAUAAUAUAUUACAUUUGAAGUUUCUUGAAUAAGUUUCUCCAUUUCUUUUUGUUUUUCCUCUAAUUUAUUCUGAGCCUCUAUGUUACAGUUUUUAUUGCUAUCUAUCUGUUCUGUUAGACCUUCUAUUUCCUUUGUUAGUGUGGACUCUUUUGUCCUAAAUUGCUUUUAUUUUCGAGAUGAGUACUGAAUUGCAUGGCCUCUAAAGGCACAUUUAAAGGUGUCCCAUACAAUAAGGGGAUUUGCUGUACCUACAGUUGAAGUCGGAAGUUUACAUACACCUUAGCCAAAUACAUUUAUUAUUAUUAUUACAUUUAAACUCAGUUUUUCACCAUUCCUGACAUUUAAUCAUAGUAAAAAUUCCCUGUCUUAGGUCAGUUAGGAUCACCACUUUAUUUUAAGAAUGUGAAAUUUCAGAAUAAUAGUAGAGAGAAUGAUUUAUUUCAGCUUUUAUUUAUUUCAUCACAUUCCCAGUGGGUCAGAAGUUUACAUACACUCAAUUAGUACUUGGUAGUAUUGCCUUUAAAUUGUUUAACUUGGGACAAACAUUUCAGGUAGCCUUCCACAAGCCUCCCACAAUAAGUUGGGUGAAUUUUGGCCCAUUCCUCCUGACAGAGCUGGUGUAACUGAAUCAGGUUUGUAGGCCUCCUUGCUCGCACACACUUUUUCAGUUCUGCUCACACAUUUUCUAUAGGAUUGAGGUCAGAGCUUUGUGAUGGCCACGCCAAUACCUUGACUUUGUUGUCCUUAAGCCAUUUUGCCACAACUUUGGAAGUAUACUUGGGGUCAUUGUCCAUUUGGAAGACCCAUUUGCGACCAAGCUUUAACUUCCUGACUGUUGUCUUGAGAUGUUGCUUCAAUAUAUCCACAUAAUUUUCCUUCCUCAUGAUGCCAUCUAUUUUGUGAAGUGCACCAGCCCCUCCUGCAGCAAAGCACCCCCACAGCAUGAUGCUGCCACCCCCGUGCUUCACGGUUGGGAUGGUGUUCUUCGGCUUGCAAGCUUCCCCCUUUUUCCUCCAAACAUAACGAUGGUCAUUAUGGCCAAACAGUUCUAUUUUUGUUUCAUCAGACCAGAGGACAUUUCGCCAAACCGUAGUCUGGCUUUUUUAUGGUGGUUUUGGAGCAGUGGCUUCUUCCUUGAUGAGCGGCCUUUCAGGUUAUGUCGAUAUAGGACUCGUUUUAAUGUGGAUAUAGAUACUUUUGUAUAUGUUUCCUCCAGCAUCUUCACAAGGUCCUUUGCUGUUGUUCUGGGAUUGAUUUGCACUUUUCGAACCAAAGAACGUUCAUCUCUAGGAGACAGAACGCGUCUCCUUCCUGAGCGGUAUGACAGCUACGUUGUCCCAUGGUGUUUAUACUUGCGUACUAUUAUUUGUACAGAUGAACGUGGUACCUUCAGGCGUUUGGAAAUCGCUCCCAAGGAUGAACCAGACUUGUGGAGGUCUACAAUCUUUUUUCUGAGGUCUUGACAGAUUUCUUUUGAUUUUCCCAUGAUGUCAAUCAAAGAGGCAGUGAGUUUGAAGGUAGGCCUUGAAAUACAUCCACAGGUACACCUCCAAUUGACUCAAAUUAUGUCAAUUAGCCUAUCAGAAGCUUCUAAAGCCAUGACAUCAUUUUCUGGAAUUUUACAAGCUGUUUAAAGGCACAGUCAACUUAAUGUAUGUAAACUUCUGACCCACUGGAAUUGUGAUACAGUGAAUUAUAAGUGAAAUAAUCUGUCUUUAAACAAUUGUUGGAAAAAUUACUUGUGUCAUGCACAAAGUAGAUGUCCUAACCGGCUUGCCAAAGCUAUAGUUUGUUAACAAGAAAUUUGUGGAGUGGUUGAAAAAUGAGUUUUAAUGACUCCAACCUAAGUGUAUGUAAACUUCCGACUUCAACUGUAUGUAAAAUCAGUUAUAAAUUCCUCUGUCCUAGUUAAAAACAAGUUAUCAUCCAAUAGGCUUUGAUUUAAUUUCCAAUAUCCUCGCCCACGUGGAAAUUCAGUAAGAGUAAUGUAUAUGCCAAUUAUAUGAUGGUCCGACCGCAUUCUGUCCCCUAUCAACACUUUUUAAACUUUUGGUGCCAACGAGAAUGACAUAAGAAAGAAGUCAAGACGACUAGCUUGAUUGAGUCUCCGCCAUGUAUAUCUCACUAGGUCAGGAUAUUUAAGCCUCCAUAUAUCUACUAGUUCUAAUCUAUCCAUGACAUUCACGAUUUCCUUAAGAGCAUGAGGGUGAUUGUUUGUAGUGUGAUUUCCUUUACUGUCCACUGAGCUAUUUAAAACAGUAUUAUAAUCUCCCACUAUAAUAAUAGAGUCUUGAAUUGCUUGCAGUGUUGAUCAUUUAUUAUAUAUAUGUCAAAGAAGUGUGGAUCAUCAUUAUUUGGUCCGUAAAGGUAAAUGAGCCAUAUCUGUUUAUGGUCCAAUAACAUAUUUAAAAUAAUCCAUCUACCUUGCGUAUCUGUUUGGACAAUUUUCACAUUUGGAUCGAAAUUACUGUUAAUUAAUAUCAUCACCCCUUUUGAGUUUCUUUGUCCAUGGGAGAAGUAUAUUUCGCCCCCCCCCCCCCCCCCCCCCCCCAUUCCUUUUUCCACGCAACUUCAUCUAGAAUUGUUGAAUGGGUUUCCUGUAAACAAUAGAUAUUAUAUUCUUUCUCUUUGAGCCAUGUAAAUAUUGUUAUUCUUUUGUUAUUAUCUGCUAAGCCAUUACAAUUAUAACUGGCUAUACUUAUUUCAUCACAUACCAUAAUGGGAUACAAGUUUCAAAUCUAUUUAUCAUUCAUCAAAUUUUGCUACAUAAGACCAAAUCGAGCCACGUCGGUCACAAAUGUGGAAAAACUCAAGGGGUGUGAAUACUUUCUGAAAUCCCACGUACCAAAUAUCCCUCUUACUGGUUCCAGUGUCUGACUGGUUGCCUAAAGGGAUGUUUGCAUGGACUCUUCUUACCCCCUUGAUCCAUUUAGAGAUGUAGGUCAGUUAGCAGUGCGAUUAUUUUGUAGCGGUUAGCGUCGGUUAGCAUGCUACUGUAAAGCACAUGGUUUAUUAGCAGUUAGCGCCAGUAAGCUAUCUACAGUAAAACCCAUUGUAUUUAAUGGUUAGCAUACUACUGUAAAGCACCAUGUUAGAGGUUAGCUUGGUGCAUGCUACUGUAAAGCAGCACCAUGGAGAUUGGUGAUUACUCCUGCUAUACCCUCAUUGUCUGUAGCAUUAUCACAGGCUGCUGGUAAUGAGCCCAUAGUAGGAUCAAAUGCUUGGCUUGUGGACAUCAUCUAGAAUCUGUUGUAUCGGAUAAUCUGAAUGAGGCAAUUUAAUCGUUGUAUAAUGUACAGUAUUAUAGGCUUACCUAGUUUCUUAUGGCUCAGGAUGGUAUGUUCCCAUUGAAAGGCGGUCCAAAGGCAUUCAAUGGCAGUCCACUCUUUGAUGGUAUGCACAACCAAAUAUAAUCAAUUAAGUAAUUUUACUUACACUUUAUGUGCAAAUCGUACAGAGUGUGGUUUUAAAACAUCAGCACAGCUAUGUUGACCUUAUUGACCUCUAUACAGGACAGGUUUGACAGUAUAUCCAGCCAGUCAGUACAGUAUGACAUCAUGUUAACUCUGUGGGAGAGAUUGAUCUUUGAAAGGCUGUCUAUAAAGGACAUUGUCACUCUUCUUUAUCUCUUCAGAAUAUAUUUAUAGUGUCACACUCCCAUUUAUCUGACAAGCCUUGAUUAGUGACAGUACAAAUGUCACUUAAUAUGUGACAUUAAAUUAAAAAUGUAGGUCGGAGCUUCAACCCCUGUGUAAAGCAUUCUGUAAGGCUAUUAGAUGGUUGAAAUCAAGUUGACCUCACCCGUUUGGUAGAUUGGAUUACUGCCUCGGAGGACAUUUUUGAAGGGACAUAGUAAGAGUGUGGUCAUGUGUGAAAUGUAUACGUUUUUGACAACUUACAUCCCAUGGCGCCUGGGAAGGGCUGUGAGCCAUGCCCUUGACCUGAGUGGGAGAAAGUUUCCCUCCACACAUACACACCACCACCACCACCACCCCGACCACGGCCACAGUAUAGUCACUGUUUUAAUGAAAGCUCUGGGGAUACAGUGAAUCAUCACAUAAUGGGCCGGACCAUUCCAAAUGUUAAGGUCAAUCAGCAGCAAGACUGAAACACAAUCGCCAUGGGGGGGGAUUUCACUUCAGAUUUACUGGGAUUUCAUUUUACACACAGAAGAGCAAAUCAUUGGGCUUAACUGUUUUUAAUCAGGUUCUUUCUGCAUGGGGAGAUAUAGUGAAGGAGGUGGUGAUGGUAUUCAUCAUAGUUUGUUAUCCUGCAGGAAGGAACGAAUGUGUCGUAAAGCAGCGGUUCAUCAACCAUGACGAUGAUAUAUCACCGCUAUCGUUAAACACACCCAGCGGAAGUCAAUACAAAAUUAGAUAGGAUAAAAAAAUCUCUGAUUUAAAAUGUCAAACUAUCAUAGUACAUAUUCUGCCUUUGGAACAGUGCAUCAUUUUUUUACUUGACGUCAACUCAUGUAAUGUAGAGAUGGCAUAAACUAACGCAGAGCGAGAUAGAGAAAGAGAACAAAUCAAAUGUUGUAUAUCUCUUUCUACCCCCCGGAGAAGAAAAUGAAUGAAAAUGGGUCAGGGUGCAUGCAGCCUUUGAGUCCAUAGAGAGAGAGAGAGAUACAAAUGUGUAAUGUGCCCUCAGAGCGUAGAGUUUGCACUAAUGAAAAAUAAAAUUACUCGUCCGCCACUCUGACAUGAGGGAUUCGUUAUAAAGCGUGCGGCUUCACAUCAGAGGACUACAACAAGGGAAAACAAAACUCUUAAUCAUGUUUCCUCUCCUCUACUUUUCUAGACAUGUAACGACAAUGGGCAUUUGUUUUCUCUCCUUUCGUUUUAAGUGCCAUUCAAUUGCCUUUUAAGUUCAUUUGCAUCAUGUUUAAGUUCAUGUUGCAGUCACUUUUAAGUUACUUGCGACAAUUUUGAGUCCCACUGUUACCAUGUCGUGUCAUAUCAGAAUGAUAAAAAAAUUAUGAGGAGUGACAGGGCCUGUCUAGUCUCCCUCUAUCAUCUGUGUCCCAGCUGGGUUAGGGGAGGCGCCGCUCCAGGCACUUUUUCUCUGCUUGACUCAGGCUUCCUAAUUUAGCACUGAGACAGGGGCAGCUGUGUACUCUGUCUGUCUCACUCUCUCUCUGUCUGUCUCUCACUCCCACACCCACACCCCUCUUUUUCUUUCGUUCUGUCUGUCUCUCUCUUUCUCUUCCACCCCUACACUCCGCUCUCUCAGUCUGUGACUAUCUGUCUCUCCCUCUCAGGUAGAGCAGGGGGCAAAGAGGUGACAGUUAGUUAGAAAACACAUCCACCAACAGCCCUACCAACCGGGGAUAUACUGUACUUUAGAUGAGAAACCACUUACUUGAAUAUAGAACCCAGCUCUAUACAGCCCUAUUCAUACUGAGGACACAUCUACAGUGCCUUCGGAAAGUAUCCAGACCCCUUGACUUUUUCCACAUUUUGUUACGUUACAGCCUUAUUCUAAAAUCGACUAACCUCUUAAGGAUCGGACCCUUUUUUUCAAUUUUCGCCUAAAAUGACAUAUCCAAAUCUAACUGCCUGUAGCUCAGGACCAGAAGCAAUGAUAUGCAUAUUCUUGAUACCAUUUGAAAGGAAACACUUUGUGGAAAUUAAUGUAGGAAAUUAAUGUAGGAGAAUAUAGCACAUUAGAUCUGGUAAAAGAUAAUACAAUUUAAAAAACAUGCGUUCUCAAUUUUUUGUUUGAAAUGCAAGAGAAAGGCCACAAUAUAAUAUUGCAGUUUAGACAUAAUUUAGAUUUUGGCCACUAGAUGGAAGCAGUGUGUGUGCAAAGUUUCAGAAUGAUCCAGUGAAGCAUUGCAAUACUGGACUAUUUUGUAUCAAGUCUGCCCAAAUGUGCCGAAUUGGUCAAUUGAUACAUAACUAUAACUAUAGAGAAGGCAGGGGUUCAAACUGUAAAACUCAGUUCCUACAUUUGAAUAUAAAAAUUGAUUUUAUCAAACAAAACUAUGCUACAUUUUAUCUCUGGGACCCUUAGGAUGAUAAAUCAAAGGUGAAUGUAUCAAACCAGUUGCCGUGAUACGUUUUUUGUUGUUGAGCACUCUCCUCAAACAAUAGCAUGGUAUUUCUUCACUGUAAUAACUACUGUAAAUUGGACAGUGCAGUUAGAUGAACAAGAAUUUAAGCUUUCUACCCAUAUAAGACAUGUAUAUGUCCUGGAAGGUUUGCUGUUACUUACAACAGUCAUGCUAAUCACAUUAGUGUACGUUAGCUCAACCGUCCCGUAUACGGGACACCGAUAUAUAAAUAAAACAUUUUCCUCAUCAAUCUACACACAAUACCCCAUAACGACAAAACGAAAACAGGAUUUUAUAAAUAUUUGCAAAUGUAUAAAAAAUAAAUAACAGAAAUACCUUAUUUACAUAAUUAUUCAGACCCUUUGCUAUGAGACUCGAAAUUGAGCUCACGUGCAUCCUGUUUCCAUUGAUCAUCCUUGAGAUGUUUCUACAACUUGAUUGGAGUCCACCUGUGGUAAAUUCAAUUGAUUGGACAUGAUUUGGAAAGGCACACACCUGUCUAUAUUAGGUCCCACAGUUGACAGUGCAUGUCAGAGCAAAAAAAAGCCAUGAGAUCGAAGGAAUUGUCCGUAGAGCUCAGAGACAAGAUUGUGUCGAGGCACAGAUCUGGGGAAGGGUACCAAAACAUUUCUACAGCAUUGAAGGUCCCCAGGAACACAGUGGCCUCCAUCAUUCUUACAUUUUAGUCAUUUAGCAGACGCUCUUAUCCAGAGCGACUUACAGUUAGUGAGUGCAUACAUUUUCAUACUGGCCCCCCGUGGGAAACGAACCCACAACCCUAGCGUUGCAAGCGCCAUGCUCUACCAACUGAGCUACAGGGGACUAUAUUCUUAAAUGGAAGAAGUUUGGAAUCACCAAGACUCUUUCUAGAUCUGGCCACACGGCCAAACUGAGCAAUCGGGGUAGAAGGGCCUUGGUCAGGGAGGUGACCAAGAACCCGAUGGUCACUCUGACAGAGCUCUAGAGUUCCUCUGUGGAGACGGGAGAACCUUCCAGAAGGACAACCAUCUCUACAGCAUUCCAACAAUAGGCCUUUAUGGUAGAGUGGCCAGUUGGAAGCCACUCCUCAUUAAAAGGCACAUGACAGCCCGCUUGGAGUUUGCCAAAAGACACCUAAAGACUCUCAGACCAUGUGAAACAAGAUUCUCUGGUCUGAAAAAAACAAGAUUGAACUCUUUGGCCCGAAUGCCAAGCGUCACGUCUGGAGGAAACCUGGCACCAUCCCUACGGUGAAGCAUGGUGGUGGCAGAAUCAUGCUGUGGGGAUGUUUUUCAGUGGCAGGGACUGGGAGUCAGGAUCGAGGCAAAGAUGAACUGAGCAAAGUACAGAGAGAUCCUUGAUGAAAACCUGCUCCAGAGUGCUCAGGACCUCAGAUUGGGGCGAAGGUCCACCUUUCAACAGGACAACGACCUUGAGCACACAGCCAAGACAACGCAGGAGUGGCUUCGGGACAAGUCUCUAAAUGUCCUUGAUUGGCGCAGCCAGAACCCGGACUUGAACCCAAUAGAACAUCUCUGGAGAGACCUGAAAAUAGCUGUGCAGCAACACUCCCCAUCCAACCUGACAGAGCUUUUGAGGAUCUGCAGAGAGAAAUGGGAGAAACUCCCCAAAUACAGGUGUGCCAAGCUUGCAGCGUCAUACCCAAGAAGACUCGAGGCAGUAAUCGCUGCCAAAGGUGCUUCAAAAAAGUACUGAGUAAAGGGUCUGAAUACUUAUGUAAAUGUGAUUAGUUUUAUUUUAUACAUUUGCUAACAUUUCUAAAAACCUGCUUUUGUGUUGUCAUUAUGGGGUAUUGUGUGUAGAUUGAUGAGGGAAAAAAACGAUGUAUUCAAUUUUAGAAUAAGGCUGUAACAUAACAAAAUGUGGAAAAAGUCAAGGGGUCUGAAUACUUUCUGAAUGCACUGUAUACUGUAGCAUGCAUUGAUGCACUCUGUUGUUGCUGAAUUAAUAUAGUAUUGACAUUCUCAAGAUGUCUAUGGUAUUAUAUGUUGUCUGUGGUCCCAUUUACUCUGUUUAAGAUAUGACGCCAAUGACAUUACUUAUGAGUACAAUGAAGAUUAAGCACUGAUUUAGCUAUGUGCAGUCUAUGGCUAUGUAAGUACUGCAUGUGAGGAUAUCUACUUGUUUGUAAAUAAAUAUAAAUAUAUGUUAAUUGUAUGUUUAUUGCCGUCUUUUUUCCCUCAUUGAAAGCAUCUACUUGUCUAGAAAAUGUGAGAGAAUAACAGUGAAGUUCAUUGAACCAUCCCCACCUUCUUCUUCCCUCUCUCCAGAGUUACAUCACAUGCACGGUGAAAGCCAAAGGGACGCGGCUAGCCAAGCCUGUGCUGUCCCUGGGUCUGAUGUGUCUGGCCUUCCUCACGGGACUCAACAGAGUGGCUGAGUAUCGGAACCACUGGUCUGAUGUCAUCGCUGGCUUCAUCAUAGGAGUGGCCAUCGCUACCUUUCUGGUAAGAACCUGUUCUGCAGCAGCAUCAAAAUCGUCACAAUGUACAGUGUGCAUAUUAGAACAGUAUCAACACCAACUUCUUGUGACCUGUGAGGCUGUCCUAAUUUGGACACCAUACCACUGGGUUGUAGAACCAGGAUCAGCAUCAGUAUGGUUGUGUCCAACAUGGCACCCUAUUCCCUAUAAGUGCACUACUUUAAACCAUGGUAUGCUCUGGUCAAAAGUAGUGCACUAUAAAGGGAAUAGGGUGCCAUUCAUGAUGCAUUCCAUCACCCCUCUGAGUUCAUCAUUAGCACUUAAACUGUCUAGGCCUAAUGGGCUUGUACUGAGACAUAAACCAAGAGCGAUAAUUGGCCAACGCUUAUAAUGGUUGCUAACCCAUACCCUACCUGUAACAGCACUCACUUAAGGUGCCUGGAAAUAUGCCUGAAUGAAAAUCCUUCACUGAGAAACAGACAUGCACACACACUACUUAAAUUGAGCUGUCACUUUAAUAAUGUUUACAUUUACAUUUUAGUCAUUUAGCAGACACUCUUAUCCAGAGCGACUUACAGUUAGUGAGUGCAUACAUUUUCAUACUGGCCCCCUGUGGGAAACGAACCCACAACCCUGGCGUUGCAAGCGCCAUGCUCUACCAACUGAGCUACAGGGGACUUUUACCCAGUUCAUAUGUAUAUACUGUUUUCUAGUCAAGGCCAUCCUAUUAAACUAUUUCUGUGUAUAUACUAUCCAAGUAUUCUUCAGAUAUACUACAUAUAUCUGUGUAUGUGACCAAUACAAUUUUAUUUGAUAUUCUAUCCAUAUACUGUCCAUGUCUACACAUCCCAUCACACAAAACCGCAUGCACACGCACGCACGUGCACACACACACCCAUAUAUAUAUAUAUAUAUAUAUAUAUAUAUAUAUAUAUAUAUAUAUAUAUAUAUAUAUAUAUAUAUACAGUACCAGUCAACAGUUUGGACACACCUACUCAUUCCAGGGAUUUUCUUUGUUUUUACUAUUUUCUACAUUGUACAAUAAAACGAUGAAAUAACACGUGGAAUCAUGUAGGAACCAAAAAAGUGUUUAACAAAUCAAAAUAUAUUUUAUAUUUGUGUCACGAGUGCUGUAGGUGGGUGUAGUGGUGGAAUCAAACGCAGGACACCGAAGUAUAGUCCAACAGACUUUAGUAAAUCUCCAACAAGGAAAAUACGACAUGACUUGCCCGAAGGCGAAAUUACGCACGAAGGCGAACAAACAAAAGCGCACUAAACAGGUGCGUAAACACUCCAACGCAGUGGAGGGAAGCUCAACCGAGCGAAGUAGCUAAAUAAGCCCAACACACGACAGACCAAAAUCAAACGAACAUGAAACAUACAACGGUGGCAGCUAGUAUUCCGGAGACAACGAACGCCGAAGCCUGCCCGAACAAGGAAGAGAGGCAGCCUCGGCCGAAACCAUGACAGUACCCCCCCCUUGACGCGCGGCUCCAGACGUGCGCCGACUCCGGCCUCGGGGACGACCCGGAGGACGCGGAGCAGGGUGCGUCGGGUGCCCACGAUGGAAUUCCGUCAGGAGAGACGGGUCCAAAAUGUCUCUCCUCGGCACCCAGCACCGCUCCUCCGGACCGUACCCCUCCCACUCCACUAGAUAUUGGAGACCCCCCAUCCGACGUCUCGAAUCCAAGAUGGACCUCACGGAGUACGCCGGUGCCCCCUCGAUGUCCAAUGGGGGCGGAGGAGUCUCCCUGAUCUCACUUUCUUGGAGUGGGCCAGCUACCACCGGCCUGAGAAGGGACACAUGGAACGAGGGGUUAAUACUUUUAUAUUCAACAGGUAGUUGUAAUUUGUAACAUACCUCGUUCAACCUUCCCAGGACUUUAAAUGGCCCUACAAACCGCCGACCCAGUUUCCGACAGGGCAGGCGGAGGGGCAGGUUUCUUGUAGAGAGCCAGACUCGAUCACCAGGUGCGUACACCGGUCCCUCACUGCGGUGGAGAUCGGCGCUCGCCUUAUGACGUCGGAGGGCCCGCUGCAGGUGGACGUGUGCAGCGUUCCAUGUCUCCUCCGAGCGCCGCGCCCACUCAUCCACCGCAGGAGCCUCGAUCUGGCUCUGCUGCCAAGGUGCCAGAACCGGCUGGUAACCUAACACACAUUGGAAAGGGGUUAGGUUAGUGGAGGAAUGGCGUAGGGAAUUCUGGGCCAUUUCGGCCCAGGGAACGUACCUUGCCCACUCCUCCGGCCGGUCCUGGCAGUAUGUUCUAAGAAACCUACCCACAUCCUGGUUCACACGUUCCACCUGCCCAUUACUCUCCGGGUGGUAACCAGAGGUGAGGCUCACCGAGACCCCCAACCGCUCCAUAAAAGCUCUCCAGACUCUGGAGGUAAAUUGGGGACCUCGAUCAGACACAAUAUCCUCGGGUACCCCGUAGUGCCGGAACACAUGGGUGAAUAGGGCUUCGGCAGUUUGCAGGGCGGUAGGAAGGCCCUGCAUGGGGAGCAAACGACAGGCCUUAGAAAACCGGUCCACAACGACCAGUAUAGUGGUAUUCCCCUGUGAAGGAGGAAGGUCAGUAAGGAAAUCCACCGAGAGGUGGGACCAUGGUCGUUGUGGAACGGGCAGGGGUAGUAACUUACCCCUAGGCAGAUGUCUAGGCGCCUUACACUGGGCGCACACCGAGCAGGAGGAAACAUAAACCCUCACAUCCCUUGCCAACGUGGGCCACCAGUACUUGGCACUAAGACAGUGCACUGUCCGGCCGAUACCCGGGUGUCCAGAGGAGGGUGACGUGUGAGCCCAAUAGAUCAAUCGAUCCCGAACCUUGAGCGGAACGUACUUCCGACCCUCCGGGCAUUGCGGUGGACUAGGGUCGGUGCGUAACGCCCGCUCGAGCUCAGCAUCGACCUCCCACACUACCGGUGCCACCAGACACGACUCCGGCAGUAUGGGAGUGGGCUCCACGGACCUCUCCUCCGUGUCAUACCGCCGAGACAGCGCAUCUGCCUUACCGUUCUGUGACCCAGGGAUGUACGUGAUCUUAAAUGUAAACCGGGUCAAAAACAUAUUCCAUCUUGCCUGCCGAGGGUUUAGCCUCCUCGCUGCCCGGAUGUACUCCAGGUUACGGUGGUCCGUCAAAAUGAGGAAAGGGUGUUGAGCCCCCUCGAGCCAGUGCCUCCACACCUUUAGGGCCUGUACCACGGCUAACAGCUCCCUGUCCCCUACGUCAUAGUUUCGCUCCGCCGGACUGAGCUUCUUGGAAUAAAAGGCACAGGGGCGGAGUUUAGGUGGCGCGCCUGACCGUUGUGAAAGCACGGCUUCUAUACCGGCCUCAGACGCGUCCACCUCUACCUGAAAUGGUAAAGAGGGAUCCGGAUGCGCCAGCACCGGAGCCGAGGUAAACAGGUCCUUCAGCAUCCCAAACGCCCUGUCCGCCUCGGCAGACCACUGCAGACGCACUGGACCCCCCUUCAAAAGAGACGUGAUGGGAGCUGCCACCUGUCCAAAACCCCGGAUAAACCUCCGGUAGUAAUUCGCAAACCCCAAAAACUGCUGCACCUCCUUCACAGUGGUUGGUGUUUGCCAAUUACGCACGGCUGACACCCGGUCUACCUCCAUCUUUACCCCUGACGCAGACAACUGAUACCCCAAAAAGGAGACAGACUCCUGGAAAAACAGACACUUCUCUGCCUUAACAUACAGGUCGUGCUCCACCAGCCUCCGCAACACUCUGCGCACCAGGGCCACAUGCUCGACACGGGUAGGCGAGUACACGAGAAUGUCAUCUAUGUACACAACGACCCCCUGCCCCUGCAUGUCCCUGAAGAUCUCAUCCACGAAUGAUUGGAAAACUGAUGGAGCGUUCAUCAACCCGUAUGGCAUGACAAGAUACUCGUAAUGGCCCGAGGUGGUACUAAAGGCAGUCUUCCAUUCAUCACCCUCCCUGAUGCGCACCAAGUUGUACGCGCUCCUGAGAUCUAAUUUAGUGAAGAAACGCGCCCCAUGCAAGGACUCAGUCAUGGUCGCAAUCAGCGGGAGUGGAUAACUGUACUUCACCGUGAUCUGAUUGAGACCACGGUAAUCGAUGCACGGGCGUAAACCACCAUCCUUCUUCUUCACAAAAAAGAAACUCGAGGACGCAGGGGAAGUGGAAGGCCGUAUGUAUCCUUGUCUCAGAGAUUCGUCUAUGUAAGUCUCCAUAGCUUUCUUCUCCUCCUGAGACAGAGGAUACACAUGGCUCCGUGGGAGCGCAGCUCCUGCCUGGAGGUCUAUCGCACAAUCUCCCUGCCUAUGGGGUGGCAACCGCGUCGCCCUCGACUUACUAAACGCGAUAGCCAAAUCCCCAUACUCAGGGGGAACAUGCAAUGCGGGCACCUGGUUUGGACUCUCCACCGAGGUAGCCCCUACGGAAACGCCCAAACAUCGACCCACACACUGGGCAGACCACUCCAUCAGAGCCCUCUCCUGCCACGAAAUAGAUGGGUUAUGGGUACUCAACCAGGGCAUGCCCAGCACCACCGGAUACGCAGGCGAGUCAAUCAGAAAUAGCUGAAUCAUCUCCUGAUGACCCCCCUGCGCACACAUCCUAAGUGGCGCAGUGACUUCCCUGAUCAAGCCCGCACCCAACGGACGGCUAUCUAGGGCAUGAACGGGGAAAGGGACAUCAACAGGAAGAAGGGGAAUCCCUAAGGCUAAACAAAACUUCUUAUCAACAAAAUUCCCAGCCGCGCCUGAAUCUACCAGCGCCUUAUGCUGGGAAUGAGGUGCUACCUGUGGAAAACUCACAGGUAUACAGAAAUGUGCAACAGAGAGCUCUGGGUGAGUGGGGCGCCUACUCACCUGGAAGGAAUCCCCAGUGCGGGACCUGUCGUCCUCUCCCCUAGGAGGCCAUCCCCAGCACCUAGCCGUGGUGUGUCCUCCCCGACCACAGUUGGUGCAGGAGAUGGACCCCCUAGUAAGCCGACCCCUCCUCUCUCUAGCGCCAGCGCCCCCGAGCUCCAUGGGGCACGGCUCGGAGGCGCUGGAGGGUGAAAUGGACGGACCCCCCUCGGGACGUCCGCGGGUAGCUAGCAGGUUAUCCAGCCUGAUGGACAUGUCGACCAACUGGUCGAACGAGAGGCUGGUGUCCCUACAGGCCAGCUCCCGACGGACGUCCUCUCGUAGACUACAUCUGUAGUGAUCGACGAGAGCCCGAUCAUUCCACCCUGCAUCUGCCGCUAGAGUACGGAAUUCGAGGGCGAACUCCUGGGCACUCCUCCUCCCCUGCCGGAGGAAGAUCAGACGCUCCCCCGCCGCUUUCCCCUCCGGGGGAUGGUCAAACACCGCCCUGAAGCGGCGGGAGAUCUCGUCGUAUGUGAUGGUGUCCGCGUCGAUCCUCCUCCACUCCGCGUUGGCCCAUUCCAACGCCUUCCCGGAAAGGCAGGAGAUCAGGGCGGACACGCUCUCAUGUCCCGAGGGCGCCGGGUGCACGGUGGCCAGGUACAGCUCCACCUGGAGAAGGAAUCCCUGACACCCGGCCGCGGUCCCAUCGUAGGCCCUCGGGAGCGAGAGUCGGACUCCUCGGGGUUCCGGUGCGGGAAUGGGCUGACUGGCCGAUGGUGCUGGCAGGGUGGGUGGCGGUGGAGGCGUCCCCCAGCCUCGGAUGGUGGUGAUCACCUCCUGCAGUGCGGUCCCCAUCUGCAGGAUCUGGUCCCUUUGUUCCCGGACCUUGUCCUCCAGCGUCGCCUGGGCUGCUGCGGCUCCUGCUGAUUCCAUUCUUUAAGGUGUGUUAUUCUGUCACGAGUGCUGUAGGUGGGUGUAGUGGUGGAAUCAAACGCAGGACACCGAAGUAUAGUCCAACAGACUUUAGUAAAUCUCCAACAAGGAAAAUACGACACGACUUGCCCGAAGGCGAAAUUACGCACGAAGGCGAACAAACAAAAGCGCACUAAACAGGUGCGUAAACACUCCAACGCAGUGGAGGGAAGCUCAACCGAGCGAAGUAGCUAAAUAAGCCCAACACACGACAGACCAAAAUCAAACGAACAUGAAACAUACAACGGUGGCAGCUAGUAUUCCGGAGACAACGAACGCCGAAGCCUGCCCGAACAAGGAAGAGAGGCAGCCUCGGCCGAAACCGUGACAAUUUGAGAUUCUUCAAAUAGCCACCCUUUGCCUUGAUGACAGCUUUGCACACUCUUGGCAUUCUCUCAACCAGCUUCACCUGGAAUGCUUUUCCAACAGUCUUGAAGGAGUUCCCACAUAUGCUGAGCACUUGUUGGCUGCUUUUCCUUCCGACUCAUCCCAAACCAUCUCAAUUGGGUUGAGGUCGGGGGAUUGUGGAGGCCAGGUCAUGUGAUGCAGCACUCCAUCACUCUCCUUCUUGGUAAAAUAGCCCUUACACAGCCUGGAGGUGUGUUGGAUCAUUGUCCUGUUGAAAAACAAAUGAUAGUCCCACUAAGCCCAAACCAGAUGGGAAGUCAUAUCGCUGCAGAAUGCUGUGGUAGCCACGCUGGUUAAGUGUGCCUUGAAUUCUAAAUAAAUCACAGACAGUGUCACCAGAAAAGCACCCCCACACCAAAACACCUCCUGCUCCAUGCUUUACGGUGGGAACUACACAUGCGGAGAUCAUCCGUUCAACCAAAAAUCUCCAAUUUGGACUCCAGACCAAAGGACACAUUUCCACCGGUCUAAUGUCCAUUGCUCAUGUUUCUUGGCCCAAGCAGGUCUCUUCUUCUUAUUGGUGUCCUUUAGUAGUGGUUUCUUUGCAGCAAUUCGACCAUGUGAUUCACACAGUCCCCUCUGAACAGUUGAUGUUGAGAUGUCUCUGUGACUUGAACUCUGUGAAGUAUUUAUUUGGGCUGCAAUUUCUGAGGCUGUUAACUCUAAUGAACUUAUCCUCUGCAGCAGAGGUAACUCUGGGUCUUCCAUUCCUGUGGUGGUCCUCAUGAGAUCCAGUUUCAUCGUAGCGCUUGAAUGGAUUUUUGCGACUGCACUUGAAGAAACUUUCAAAGUUCUUGAAAUGUUCCGUAUUGACUGACCUUCAUGUCUUAAAAUAAUGAUGGACUGUCAUUUCUCUUUGCUCAUUUGAGCUGUUCUUGACAUUAUAUGGACUUGGUCUUUUACCAAAAGGGAUAUAUUUUGUAUACAGUGAGGGAACAAAGUAUUUGAUCCCCUGCUGAUUUUGUACGUUUGCCCACUGACAACGAAAUGAUCAGUCUAAAAUGUUAAUGGUAGGUUUAUUUGAACAGUGAGAGACAGAAUAACAACAAAAUAAUUCAGAAAACGCAUGUCAAAAAUGUUAUAAAUUGAUUUGCAUUUUAAUGAGGGAAAUAAGUAUUUGACCCCCUCUCAAUCAGAAAGAUUUCUGGCUCCCAGGUGUCUUUUAUACAGGUAACGAGCUGAGAUUAGGAGCACACUCUUAAAGGGAGUGCUCCUAAUCUCAGUUUGUUACUUGUAUAAAAGACACCUGUCCACAGAAGCAAUCAAUCAAUCAGAUUCCAAACUCUCCACCAUGGCCAAGACCAAAGAGCUCUCCAAGGAUGUCAGGGACAAGAUUGUAGACCUACACAAGGCUGGAAUGGGCUACAAGACCAUCGCCAAGCAGCUUGGUGAGAAGGUGACAACAGUUGGUGCGAUUAUUCGCAAAUGGAAGAAACACAAAAUAACUGUCAAUCUCCCUCGGCCUUACAAAUUAGCUUUUAAGAACGCACACCUGUUAAUUGAAAUGCAUUCUAAGUGACUACCUCAUGAAGCUGGUUCAGAGAAUGCCAAGAGUGUGCAAAGCUGUCAUCAAGGCAAAGGGUGAUUCCAUAUGUGUUAUUUCAUAGUUUUGACAUCUUCACUAUUAUUCUACAAUGUAAAGAAUAGUAAAAAUAAAGAAAAACCCAGGAAUGAGUGUAUAUACAGUACCAGUCAAAAGUUUGGGCACACCUACUAUGAAAUAACACAUAUGGAAUCAUGUAGUAAUCCAAAAAGUGUUAAACAAAUCAAAAUAUAUUUUCUAUUUUAGAUUCUUCAAAGUAGCUACUCCACUUCGCAUCUGUGUACAUGUCUCUGUGUAUGCUACUGGCUUGUGUAUGUUGACACUCAUGUUAAUGUACAGUGCUUUCAGAAAGUAUUCAUACCCCUUGACUUUUUCCACAUUUUGUUACGUUACAGCCUUAUUCUGAAAUUGAUUAUUGUUUUUCUUUUUCUCCUCAAUCUACACACAAUACCCCACAAUGACAAAGCAAAAACAGGUUUUUAGAAAUUUCAGCAAAGUUAUUAAAAAUAAAAACGGAAAUAUCAAAUGUACAUAUAAAAUUUACUCAGUACUUUGUUGAAGCACCUCUGGCAGCGAUUACAGCCUCGAGUCUUAUAAUAAUAUAAUAAUAAUAUGCCAUUUAGCAGACGCUUUUAUCCAAAGCGACUUACAGUCAUGCGUGCAUACAUUUUUUUUGUGUAUGGGUGGUCCCGGGGAUCGAACCCACUACCUUGGCGUUACAAGCGCCGUGCUCAACCAGUCUUCUUGGGUAUGACGCUACAAGCUUGGCACACAUGUAUUUCUCCCAUUCUUCUCUGCACAUCCUCUCAAGCUACGUCAGGUUGGAUGGGAGCGUCGCUGCACAGCUAUUUUCAGGUCUCUCCAGAGAUGUUUGAUCGAGUUCAAGUCCGGGCUCUGGCUGGACCACUCAAGGACAUUCACUUGUCCCAAAGCCACUCCUGCAUUGUCUUGACUGUGUGCUUAGUGUCGUUGUCCUGUUGGAAGGUGAACCUUCGCCCCAGUCUGAGGUCCUGAGCACUCUGGAGCAGGUUUUCAUCAAGGAUCUCUCUGUACUUUGCUCAGUUCAUCUUUCCCUCGAUCCUGACUAGUCUCCUAGUCCCUGCCGCUAAAAGAUAUCCCCACAGCAUGAUGCUGCCACCACCAUGCUUCACCGUAGGGAUGGUGCCAGGACUCCUCCAGACGUGACGAUUGGCAUUCACUUCAAUCUUGGUUUCAUCAGACCAGAGAAUCUUGUUUCUCAUGGUCUGAGAGUCUUUAGGUGCCUUUUGGCAAACUCCAAGUGGGCUGUCAUGUGCCUUUUACUGAGGAGUGGCUUCCGUCUGCCCACUCUAUAAAGGCCUGAUUGGUGGAGUGCUGUAGAUAUUCUCCCAUCUCCACAGGAACUCUGGAGCUCCUUCAGAGUGACCAUCUAGUUAUUGGUCACCUUCCUGACCAAGGCCCUUCGCCCCAAUUGCUCAGUUUAGCCGGGCGGCCAGAUCUAGGAAGAGUCUUGGUGGUUCCAAACUUCUUCCAUUUAAGAAUGAUGGAGGCCACUGUGUUCUUGGGGACCUUCAAUGCUGCAGAAAUGUUUUGGUGUUCUUCCCCAGAUCUGUGCCUCGACACAAUCCUGUCUCGGAGCUCUAAGGACAAUUCCUUCGACCUCAUGACUUGGUUUUUGCUCUGACAUCCACUGUCAACUUUGGGACCUUAUGUAGACAGGUGCAUGCCUUUCCUAAUCAUGCCCAAUCAAUUGAAUUUACCACAGGUGGACUCCAAUCAAGUUGUAGAAACAUCUCAAGAGCUCUAGCUCUAGCCUGGACAAUUCGUCGGCCAGUCUGCACAGCGUGCUAUCGACCCAGCGUGCUAUCGACCCAGAGCUUAUUGGACUUUCUGCCGGAAUCACUGGACCCUAGCGCCGGAUCAUCACAACCAGCUAGCUAGCUGCAACCUGUUGUUGGCUGAUUACCAUUACCAUUGCCCUAUAGCAAGCACCAGUUAGCCUUGAGCUAGCCUCAGGCCCAUCUCCCGGCUAUCUACCUCUCUGUCAACCGGACGGGACCUCCUAGUGUUGACACUGAGCCCCGCCGAUCCAACACGACUGGUUUGCCGACGAAAUAGUCUGAUGUGGUUUCAACAGGCUUCCCGUUGCGACGACCACGAAGAUCCAUCUGCCAGCCCCGGCCCGCUAGCACACGCAAACUACAACUGUGCUCCCUGCUAGCUGUGCUGAAGCACCAAUUUGAACUGCUCUCGGACUCACAUAUUGCUGUUCACUGGACCUUAUGAUCACUCAGCUGCACAGCUGAUGCCUGCUGGACUGUUCCUUUACACGGUACCCUGUCCUGUUUAUUCUGUUUAGUCUUAGCCCAAACGUUAUCGCUAUUUCCAGUUGUGUCUUAGCUCUCUCUAAUAACACAUGUGACUGCUUUAUGCCUCUCUCCCAUGUCAAUUAUGCCUUGCCUAUUGCUGUUUGGGUUAGUUCUUAUUAUACAAUUUCAAUGUAGAACCCCUAGUCCCUCUCAAACUGCCUCAUAUAGUUCCUUUGUUCCUCCCCCCAUACACGCCGAGACCGGCUCAAUCGAUGCCUCCAAUGACGCUAUCUCUUUCAUUGUUACCCAACGCUUAGGGUUACCUGAACUGUACUCAUAUCCUUCCAUAUCCUUUUCUGUACAUAAUGCCCUGAAUCUUUUCUACAACGCCCGGAGAACUGCCCCCUUUAUUCUAUGUACCCAACGCACUAGAAGACCAGUUCUUAAAGCCUUUAGUCGUAUCCUUAUUCUAGUCCUCCUCUGUUCCUCUGGUGAUGUAGAGGCUAACCCAGGCCCUGCAGCCCCCAGUAUCACUCCUACUCCCCAGGAGCUAUCAUUUGUUGACUUCUGUAACCGUAAAAGUCUUGGUUUUCUGCACAUAAAUAUCAGAAGCCUCCUUCCUAAGUUUGAGUUAUUCACUGCGUUAGCACACUCCGCCAACCCUGAUGUUCUAGCAGUGUCUGAAUCCUGGCUUAGGAAGGCCACCAAAAAUUCUGAAAUUUCCAUCCCCAACUAUAACAUUUUCCGUCUAGAUAGAACUGCCAAAGGGGGUGGAGUUGCAAUCUACUGUAGAGAUAGCCUACAGAGCUCCAUCAUACUAUCCAGGUCUGUGCCCAAACAGUUUGAGCUUCUACUUCUAAAAAUCCACCUUUCCAGAAAUAAAUCUCUCACUGUUGCCGCUUGCUACAGACCCCCCUCAGCCCCCAGCUGUGCCCUGGACACCAUAUGUGAAUUGAUUACCCCCCAUCUAUCCUCAGAGUUCGUACUGCUUGGUGACCUAAAUUGGGAUAUGCUUAACACCCCGGCCAUCCUACAAUCUAAACUAGAUGCCCUCAAUCUCACACAAAUUAUCAACGAACCUACCAGGUACAACCCUAAAUCCGUAAACAUGGGUACCCUCAUAGAUAUCAUCCUGACUAACUUACCCUCUAAAUACACCUCCGCUGUCUUCAACCAGGAUCUCAGCGAUCACUGCCUUAUUGCCUGCGUCCGUAACAGGACCGCGGUCAAACGACCACCCCUCAUCACUGUCAAACGCUCCCAAAAACACUUCAGCGAGCAGGCCUUCCUAAUUGACCUGGCCCAGGUAUCCUGGAUGGAUAUAGAUCUCAUUCCGUCAGUAGAGGAUGCCUGGUUGUUCUUUAAAAGUAAUUUCCUCUCAAUCUUAAAUAGACAUGCCCCAUUCAAAAAAUACAGAACUAAGAACAGAUAUAGCCCCUGGUUCUCCUCAGACUUGACUGCCCUUGACCAGCACAAAAACAUCCUGUGGCGUACUGCAUUAGCAUCAAAUAGCCCCCGCGAUAUGCAACUUUUCAGGGAAGUUAGGAACCAAUAUACACAAGCAGUUAGGAAAGCAAAGGCUAACUUUUUCAAACAUAAAUUUGCAUCCUGUAGCACUAACUCCAUAAAGUUUUGGGACACUGUAAAGUCCAUGGAAAAUAAGAGCACUUCCUCCCAGCUGCCCACUGCACUGAGGAUAGGAAACACUAUCACCACCGAUAAAUCUACAAUAAUCGAGAAUUUCAACAAGCAUUUUGCUACGGCUGGCCAUGCUUUCCACCUGGCUACCACUACCCCGGCCACCAGCUCUGCACCCUCCGCUGCAACUUGCCCAUGCCCCCCCCGCUUCUCCUUCACACAAAUCCAGACAGCUGAUGUUCUGAAAGAGCUGCAAAAUCUGGACCCCUACAAAUCAUCUGGGCUAGACAAUCUGGACCCUUUCUUUCUAAAACUAGCCGCCGAAAUUGUCGCAACCCCUAUUACUAGCCUGUUCAACCUCUCUUUCGUAACGUCUGAGAUCCCCAGAGAUUGGAAAGCUGCCGCGGUCAUCCCCCUCUUCAGAGGGGGUGACACUCUAGAUCCAAACUGUUACAGACCCAUAUCCAUCCUGCCCUGCCUUUCAAAAGUUUUUGAAAGCCAAGUCAACAAACAGAUCACCGACCAUUUCGAAUCCCACCGUACCUUCUCCGCUAUGCAAUCCGGUUUCCGAGCUGGUCAUGGGUGCACUUCAGCCACGCUCAAGGUCGUAAACGAUAUUAUAACUGCGAUCGAUAAUAGACAGUACUGUGCAGCCGUUUUCAUUGACCUGGCCAAGGCUUUCGACUCUGUCAACCACCGCAUUCUUAUUGGCAGACUAAAUAGCCUUGGUUUCUCAAAUGACUGCCUCGUCUGGUUCACCAACUACUUCUCAGAUAGAGUUCAAUGUGUCAAAUCGGAGGGCCUGUUGUCUGGACCUAUGGCAGUCUCUAUGGGGGUGCCACAGGGUUCAAUUCUUGGGCCAACUCUUUUCUCUGUGUAUAUCAAUGACGUCGCUCUUGCUGCUGGUGACUCUCAGAUCCACCUCUACGCAGACGACACCAUUUUGUAUACAUCUGGCCCUUCAUUGGACACUGUGUUAACAAACCUCCAAACGAGCUUCAAUUCCAUACAACACUCCUUCAGUAGCCUCCAACUGCUCUUAAACACUAGUAAAACUAAAUGCAUGCUCUUCAACCGAACGCUGCUUGCACCCGCCCACCCGACUAGAAUCACUACUCUAGACGGGUCUGACCUAGAGUAUGUGGACAACUACAAAUAUCUAGGUGUCUGGUUAGACUGUAAACUCUCCUUCCAGACUCACAUUAAGAAUCUCCAAUCCAAAGUUAAAUCUAGAAUCGGUUUCCUAUUUCGCAACAAAGCCUCCUUCACUCAUGCUGCCAAACAUGCCCUCGUAAAACUGACUAUCCUACCGAUCCUUGACUUCGGCGAUGUCAUUUACAAAAUAGCCUCCAACACUCUACUCAGCAAAAUUGGAUGUUGUCUAUCACAGUGCCAUCCGUUUUGUCUCCAAAGCCCCAUAUAAUACCCACCACUGUGACCUGUACGCUCUUGUUGGCUGGUCCUCACUACAUAUUAGUCGCCAAACCCACUGGCUCCAGGCCAUCUAUAAAUCACUGCUAGGCAAAUCCCCGCCUUAUCUUAGCUCAUUGGUCACCAUAGCAACACCCACCCGUAGUCUGCGCUCCAGCGGGUAUAUCUCACUGGUCAUCCCCAAAGCCAACACCUCCUUUGGCCGCAAUUCCUUCCAGUUCUCUGCUGCCAAUGACUGGAACAAAUUGCAAAAAUCUCUGAAGCUGGAGACACUUAUCUCCCUCACUAACUUUAAGCAUCAGUUGUCAGAGCACCUUACCGAUCACUGCACCUGUACACAGCCCAUCUGAAAUUAGCCCGCCCAACUACCUCAUCCCUAUAUUGUUAUUUAUUUUGCUCAUUUGUACCCCAGUAUCUCUAUUUGCACAUCAUCUCUUGCACAUCAUUCCAGUGUUAAUACUAAAUUGUAAUUAUUUUGCACUAUAGCCUAUUUUAUUGCCUUACCUCCAUAACUUGCUAAAUUUGCACACUGUAUAUUAUAUGUAUUUCUGUUGUAUUUUUGACUUUGUUUUGUUUUACCCCAUAUGUAACUCUGUGUUGUUGUUUUUAUCGCACUGCUUUGCUUUAUCUUGGCCAGGUCGCAGUUGUAAAUGAGAACUUGUUCUCAACUGGUUUACCUGGUUAAAUAAAGGUGAAAUAAAAAAAAAUAAAAAAAUAAAGGAUGAUCAAUGGAAACAGGAUGUACCUGAGGUCAAUUUCGAGUCUCAUAGCAAAGGGUCUGAAUACUCAUGUAAAUAAGGUAUUUCUGUUUUUUAUUUUUUAUAUAUUUGCAAAAGAAUCGAAAACCCUGUUUUCGCUUUGUCAUUAUGGGGCAUUGUGUGUAGAUUGAGGAGGAAAAAUAUGUAUUUAAUCCAUUUUAUAAUAAUGUUGUAACAUAACAAAAUGUGGAAAAAGUAAAGCUGUCUGAAUACUUUCCGAAUGCACUGCAAUGCAUGUGCAGGUGUGUUGUUUCUAACACUCUCUGUGCACAGUCUGUGCUGCAUGCAUGUUAGAGUGUGAGACACGCAUGUGAGAGUUCCAGUAAUCAGCGGAUGAAAGAGAUAGGGGAUCCAGAGAAAUAAGAUCAAACCGCCUCUCCUCCUCUUCUAUCCGCCUCUCUCUCUCUCUCUCUCUUUCUCUCUCUCUCUCUAGCACUAGGGAGUGAGAUGAAUAGGGAAGUGGGCUGGGAUAGGCUAGGAGAGUAUGCUAUUUACUCUAAAGAGAGAUCUCUUCAUUAAAGCUGAACCCACCAGACUGUUGGGUGAUGUUAGUGCUCACUGUUCAAUGCUAGAAAGUACCACCUUUCAUAGAUUAUUCUAAUGGAUCAAACUUGGUGCAAGCCGAACACAUUAGAUCCCUCCAUUUAUAUCCUAUCCUUCUACUUCUAAGGUUUCCAUUGGUUAUCGUAUAAGGAGAGUUAGCCUCAUGUGAUUUGAAUAAUAGUGAAUGUUUUCUAUUCUUAAAAUAAUCCUUAUAGACAGAGCAUCCUUGCUGCCUCUCAGGAUUGCAUUGAAAUGAAAGAAGUUUAAAUCGAUUUAACUCUUAUUGUGGCAUGAUGCUACUACUUACCGUUCCAAGGUUGGUGCUCAAGCAUAUGAUUGAUCAUUUUACAUUUACAUUUUAGUCAUUUAGCAGACGCUCUUAUCCAGAGCGACUUACAGUGCAUACAUUAUUUUUAUUUUCAUACCCCCUGUGGGAAACGAACCCACAACCCUGGCGUUGCAAACACCAUGCUCUAUCAACUGAGCUACAUCCCUACCCUGGACCAAUUGCGCGCCGCCCCAUGGGUCUCCCGGUCGCGGCCGGCUACGACACAGCUAGCACUGUGCUGCAGUGCCUUAGACCACUGCGCCACUCGGGAGACUAGAUCAUCAGAUGCUACUUUAACAAGGUGUCUCUGAUUCACAUUGAUUGAUGAUUUGAUUAAGUAUAGUAAUUAAUCUGUCUGAUGUCUGUUCAUAUCACGAUGGAUCAAACAGAGAAUCUAGGGCAGACAGUCUUAUAGAAGUGUUUUACUUAGUGACUGACUGUAAGUCACCUCAUUAACGAAUCAUUCAAGUCUUCCUUAAACAAGAAGUGCAAGAGGAGAUAUGAAAAUGUGAGAAGUAAUAUAGAUAUAUUUUUUCCACUACAACACUAUGGCAUCGCUGUGUCACAGCCCCCGGUCCCCUAUGUUGCAACAAUUGAGUACCAUACCGUAACAACCCUAGCUUUAGGGAGUGCUGGAGCUCAUUUGGAACUGUAGAUAUCUUUCUCCUUACCAGAGGGUAAAGCGACCGGGGCUCCAAUACGACCAGUGCUCCUACCUACACCCACCGUUGGCAAGAACUACCCUCUUCGUCUUCCUCUCCUCACACUGCAAUACCACUACCAUCACAGUCAACGCCGUCCAACAAAAACAAUGCUGAAAAACAAUGGUUGUUGUUGUUGAGGAAAUGGUAAAAAAUAAAUAGUAUAGAUUACCUGACUGUUUGCUUUGUGCUUUUUAUUGUUCCAAUUAUCAACACCUUCCUGCUCAGUAGGAGCUAGAUAAUAUAUUGGGAGCAAAAAGCUUUAGGAUGUUGAAAGGCUAUGGAAUGGUGUGUUGCAUAAAGGAAUGGUUUGGCUUGGGGAAACAAAAGAGGAGAAAGGGAAGAAAUCAACUGAUUUACAUCAACAAAGGGCUCAGAUAUGUAUUCUAUUCUCCUCCUAUCACCGCAGGGUGAAACGCAUGCAGUAUAGAAGAAUGAGAACUGGAGGGAAUUGCACACACACACACACACACACACACACACACACACACACACACACACACACACACACACACUGUUCUGUUAACUCCAACCUCCAACUGUAAGAUUGAUCACCUCAUUUUGAAGCUCAAAGCCUGGUUUUGGCCUUUACUGGAGUGUGUCAUACACCAUGCAUUGUGAGAGCUAACUCGCUUCAGGAUAGGCACGCAUAUCAAGCUUAAAGAGGCCAACUCUCACACAUCAGACACGCAUACACACAUAUUGGGCAUGAGUGCAUGUGCACACACACACACACACAUAUUUUUACAGCAAUUUCUUCUGGCUUCAAGCCAUUGCAGAUUGAAACGUUUCAUAAAGGAAUCAUGGAAUUGAGGAGUGCAGAAUCCUAUAUGAUUCUAUAUGUAGGUCUCCUCUCCUGUCUGUGUGAGAAUGGUUAUGUUGAUAGAGACUAUUGUCUCUCCCUACCACCCUGUGUGUGUGUGUGUGUUCUAGGUGGUGUGUGUGGUGCAUAACUUCAAAGGCAAGCUGUUGCUCAGUGAAGACCCCCCGCAGGACAACAUGCCUAACGCUCCCAUGAUGAACAUGUCCAGAGUGGAGAGCCCACUGGAGAAGUACAUCGCCUCGCAGGUACUCAACCCUAUGGCCUAUAUACUAUUCCCUACUACACCCUACACCAGGGAUGGGCAACUCCAGUCCUCGGGGGCCGGAGUGGUGUAACACUUUUCCCCCAUCCCUAGCAAAAGCUGAUUAACAGCUGAUUAAACUAAUUGCAUUCUAAACUGAAGAUUAGUUAAUUAUUGGAGUAAGGUUUGUUAGCUGGGGCUGGGGCAAAAGUGUGACACCAAUCAGGCCACCGAGGAGUUGCCCAUCCCUGCCCUACACCCUAUGGGCACACCCUAUCCCCUACACCCCUCAAACUCAACUCUGGACCUCGAAGCCAGUUCCACUGUGUUUGUUCACUCUCUAUUCAGGGACUGAUUUUGACCUGGGACACCAGGUGGGUGCAAUUAAUUAUCAAGUAGAACAGAAAACCAGCAGGCUCCGGACCUCGUAGGGUAAGAGUUGAGUACCCCUGCCCUACACCCUAUGUACACUAUGAAUAUACUCUAGGAUUGCUAUACUGUCAAACUCUUAACAUGGUUGUUUUGA